AUGGGAGGAUGUUUCUCCAAACCUAAACCAGGUGAGCUCAUGUAAAAAACAGAUUAUUCAUCACAUGUCAUACAGCCAAACACAAUGACCUAUAUUAGGCUUAGAAACGCUCUGGGGCAACUGCUGGAAAGAAUGUUAAUUCCGCGCUCUUGCCGGGAGGAUUAGAGAACGCUCUAGGUUACAACUAAUCCUAAGGAAAAGUACACUUGACUUUCUUUAACAUUUUGUACAAUCGGCUGGAAUAAAGACCUUUGCCAUAAUGAGCUUGGACUGUUGUAUCCUGUUCUGUGUUGAAGUAGCCACAAGACCUUAAAUUCCAUCUCUGUUUGGUACUAAGAACAGCAGGACGUAGUGUAAUGCUUGCAUCGUUCUAGCAGCUGAUACUGAAUUCAAAUAAUGAAUGAACUUAAUUGGAAAGGAUUUAGCUGAGUGGAUUAUUAUUUUUUAAUAAAAAAUCAAAAUUGUCAUUAAAAUAGAUUUAUAAUGCUGUUAACCCUUAUUGUGAUAUCACAGUCUUUUUGUAUAACAUCACUGCUAGCAAAUAACAUUUUGUCAUUCUAGAAUUUUUUUUAAAUGAAAGGACCACUAUAGUGCCAGGAAAACAUACUCGUUUUCUUGGCACUAUAGUGCCCUGAGGGUGCUCCCACCCUCAGGGACCCCCUCCCGCCCGGCUCUGGGGAGAGGAAAGGGUUAAAACUUACCUUUUUUCCAGCGCCGGGCGGGGAGCUCUCCUCCUCCGAUCCUCCUCCUCUCCUCCCUUUCGGCUGAAUGCGCACGCGCGGCAAGAGCUGCGCACACAUUCAGCCGGUCUCAUAGGAAAGCAUUUACAAUACUUUCCUAUGGACGCUUGCGUGUUCUCACUGUGAUUUUCACAGGGAGAAUCACGCAAGCGCCUCUAGCGGCUGUCAGUGAGACAGCCACUAGAGGAUUUGGAGGCUGGAUUAACCCUAUUAUAAACAUAGCAGUUUCUCUGAAACUGCUAUGUUUAUAAAAAAAAGGGUUAACCCUAGCUGGACCUGGCACCCAGACCACUUCAUUAAGCUGAAGUGGUCUGGGUGCCUAGAGUGGUCCUUUAAAUAUAUAUAUUUUAAUAUGUAAUUUUGGACUAAGAUCUAUUACUGAAAGAAUAGUAGGCAUAGCAAUUUUAUCUUAAUGGUGAUAAAUAUGGGAUAUACUAUACCAUAAGAUAGAGCCUUUUAGCUAAAUACGUGGCAGGAAUUUCCUGUUGUUUAAUACUUCUAAAUGCACUGUCUAUAAAUCACGUAGGAAACAAUCUGUGUUGCAUUUUCCAAAUGGAGUUGUUUUUUUAAUUUCCAUUAAGCUAAUAAAUGCAGUUAACAGCUUACCAGUAUGAAUGAAAUGUGUAACAAGCUGAGCUGCAUGAACAAUAAAAAUAAUAAUAAUAAAAACAUGAAUAUAUAUAUAUACCACACAAAAUAAAAAUUGUGCACUCCAGGUCUAAAGGGCUGACUUGUUGCCUGGUGCUAAAUUCCUACAAAUCUAGAAAAAGAACACCCUAAAGCAUUGGUAGGAAACCUUUAAUCCCUUAAGGACCAAAUUUAUGGAAUAAAAUGGAAUUAUGACAUGUCACACAUGUCAUGUGUCCUUAAGGGGUUAAAGGGUCACUCCAGACCCCUAAACAACUUUAGAAAAACUUUAUGUGUGUAGAGUGUGUCCUCUUUUUUUCAUUUUGCAAAAAGUGCAUAUUUCAAUAUAAAUUGACACUUUUAUAAAUUAGUAUAUGGUAUAGGGCUAUUCCAAGACUUUAACAUCCCAAGAAAUGCCUUCAAAAGUGUACUUGGUGUGCCUUCUUGCUUCAAUGCUUGGUGAAUAUAAAUCUCAUAAAAAACAAGGUGCAAAAAAAAAAAAAUUGAUGAAAUGACUGUAUGAAUAAAGAGUAAAAAAAAGCAUUUAUUACUUACAUCAAAGUAAAUAAUAGCAGAUAUAUGGAUAUAUAGCUGCUUGUGGAAUUGUGUGUGAGCAAAAAUCAAAUGUGAGAAAGGCUGAACUUGAUGGAUGCAUGUCUGUUUUCAGCGAUGUAACUAUGUAACCUCUACUAAAAAGGUAGGGCCUUUCAGUUUAUAUUGCUAAGUUGCAUGUCCUGUAAUGGUAGGUGAGAACACUUUUUAUCGUUGGUACCAUGACAUUUUUAAACAGCAUUUCUUGAGUAAAUUACAAUAAGUCAGCAUUGUUUGCUCCACUUUUAGAACAUUAACUCUGAAUGUGUUCUUUAAAGGAACUAUUCACUGACAGUUUUAACAAUUCAAUAUAUAUAACCACAAAGAAACAUGCAUUUUUUUUUUUCCACGUGUUUUGUUUGGGGAUAUAUAUACCAAAAUGCUUAUAAAUGCUGCAAACCUGCUGUCUGCAGCCUUUUCAAGCCCUUCCCUCUUUUAGGCAGUGCUGGGGAAUACAGCUGUGAAAGGCUUUCCUAUACUUCUAAAUAAGCUGUAGUAGAGCUAAACUGAGAAGGCAACGGCAGGCACACGCUAGCACCGUGCACCUGCAGCCAUGUGGAGUUAGCAGAAGCAAAAGAAAACCUCUCUUGAAUGCUAAAGUGCUUUAUGUGUCAGGAAUGUUCCUUUAACAAUGUGUCCCAACAUAGAGUUUUGAAAUUUAAAAUUCAUUUUGAAUUCACUUUGAAUUCUCACCUUAGUGAAUAACCCUGAUUGUUAUUUAAACAUACAAAUCUAUUUUGUUACAGCAGAGGUAAAAGUUGAAGUUGUUUUGCCAGAGAAAGAAAGGGAAAAAGAAGAGCUCUCACCCAAUGGCAAAGCCAGUCCACUAGCCUACAAAACGAAUGGAACGACAAGGCACUAUCAUCACGAGGAAAGGCCAAUUGUCCUCAAUCCAUACACAAACCCCAAGGAUGUGGUGGAAGCCUCAGUAUGCCAUGUGAAGGACCUGGAGAACGGACAGUAAGUGCGUCAAUACGAUUAGUUAGUUAUUGUGUUGCAACAAAGAAAAUGUGUAUCAGGUAUUACUUACUGUUGGGUUAGGAUAUAAUUUCAGUUUCUGUCCAGUUCUGUUGAGAAAUAAAAAAAAAAUGUUGGGUUAAUGUAGAUUGAAUCAUAUCAGAAAUUAGUGACUGACAAUUUUGUUUAUUACUCUUGGCAGGGCCUAGGCUGUUACUGCAAAAGAUUCUGCCAAGCAGAUUAUUGGCAGAGACAAUCUUUAAAGUUAAUUAAGCAAUAGAAAUGUUUAUCUAUUUAAUGUUAAAUCUAUUGUCUGUUUAAUAACUUAUUUUGUAUCUGAUAUGGUAUUUUAAUUUCUCCUUACUUUAGCUACGAUGAGCUACCAACAAUGCAAUGGUUAAAAGCAUGUAGCUGAAUUUCAUUAGGCUAGGGAAUGAACAUUAUUACUGGUAUAUUUGUGUUGUAACAAAGUAGGCCAUUUUAAUACUAGUAAGUGACUUAUCAAAUACACUAAUUAUUACAUUAUUUUGUUGGUGGCCCUCAAAUGUCAUCGUACUGGGUCAGUAUCCUGCAGAGCCGGAUUAAGGUGUGUAUGAAAGAGUGUGUCCAAGUAAAAAGGUUUUCAAAAAAAAAAAAAAAAUUAACUACUACUGAAAUACAGAAUUAUAUCAGGGAGUAUAGGUUAUGGUUUCUGUUUGUAUAUCUAUAUUUGUGAACGAACAUACGAUUGGCAUGUUAUAAUUGAUAACAUAAAAAUGUUUUUCAUGCUGGUGCUAAAUAUUUAGCCAUGGCAAUUUACUGAGCUACUUUUUGUAUUUUUUUCCUGCCAGGAUGCGUGAGGUUGACAUGGGAUGUGGUAAAGCCUUACUAAUUAAACAGAAUGGGGAGUACUACGCAAUGGGACACAAGUGUCCCCACUAUGGAGCUCCACUAGUGAAAGGUCUGGACAAAUUGUGAAUAAUUUUAAAGAGAUAAUGUGUAACAAUCACUGUAUUACAUCAUUUCUCAAUUUCAGCUGGUUGUGCUAGCUUGUUUUUUUUAAAGCAUAUUUUAAGAAAUGUGCUUCUGUUUCCCAAAGUUUCUCCAGUAAGCUGAUACUACUCUUGGUUACAAUGACAUAUAACAGUAUAAAUAAGUGUCAAGUGAUUUCAUAUUGCUUUACGCUUUCAUACAUUGUAAUUGUGGACCUCGGUGUAGCAAUAGGUUGACUUCAUGACAUUGUGCAUCACAAUAAUAUAAUUCUUAUCUUUUAGUCCGUAGUUUCUACAUAAGGUUUAAAGGGUGUCCUUUGUAAAUCAACUGUCGACAUAAGGAUAACAUAUCAUAAUCUCACUUUUUCUGUCACAUAUAAUCGGAGAUAACUGUCAUUGAUUUCAAUGAGCGUGUAGUGUAUAUAUGAAAGUUUUGAUCUUUAUUGAACCUUAUUUAUGAGUUUAAUUUCAGUUUACAUAAUGGGUGCUGUGUAUAAAGGUUUAUUCUGAAGCAAUUAUUUGAAUGUAUAAACACUGACAUGGAGGUAUUAAAUGCUUUUUACUAAUGCUCUUCUUUAUGAAGUUAGGUCUUUCUUUUUGUAAUUUUUUUUAGAUGUUUUUUGUAGUUUUAUUGAGAUGUAAGCAGUUUACAGGAGAAAAGUAGUGCCAGUAAACGUCAGCAUAUCAACGGAAAGUUCAUGUAUUACAUGUUGGAAGUAGGUAGGCUUUACAUAUAUUCGUGCGAACCCUAUGGGAUAUAUAGAAACAAAUCAAAUCAAAAUCUGCAGAUACAAUAAAGCAAAACUUUUGGCAGGAGGCCAACUUGACAUAUGCCUCAGCGUCUGGACUACUAGUGAAGCUGGAAAAAUAAGAAACAGUCCCUGGCACAGGUAGGUUACUUGGUGAUUCCCAAUUGUGAAGCAAGAUUCUGUGGUUCCCUAUAAAGGCCCGUAGAGUAGCGAGCCACCUUGGGAGAAGAAGAGCAUGGGCACAGUACCUUUCAAGCCACACACCCCAGGUUUAGGUUAUUGUACAGUGGUGGUGGUACAGGGGGUUUGCUUCCUCAGAUGCUCUCCUGUAGAAGGUCAGUGAAGUAGACUCCAUCGAGUUGCACUUAAUCAGUGUAGUACCAGGCCUUAUUCCUGGCAUGGUUGCUGAGGCUGCAGUAUAGUAUGCCAGACUAAUGGUGCCUGUAUGUUACUUCUGUAUACUUCCAAGAUUCUGUGUGCUUAUUGUGUAUGUUUUUACUAUACAGGUGUGUUGUCUAAAGGUAGAGUACGGUGCCCAUGGCAUGGUGCGUGCUUUAACAUAGCAACAGGGGACAUCGAAGAUUUCCCAGGCUUAGAUGGUCUGCCAAAAUUUCAGGUAUUCUACGCUAAAUGUAUAAGUACUAUUUUUUAUAAAUAAUUGUAUAGACAGAAUACAUUGUGACUAUUUUUGUCAUUUGAGAUAGAGUGAUAGAGAACAAGUCUCAUACUGUUCUUCUGAUUGCCUCAGAUUUUUAAAAUUGGGAAACUGCGGAUGGUUAGCACAUCCCACGAAGUACUAAGGAUAAAUAUUUCCCACAGUGUACAGGAAUAUAAUUAAACAUCUAAACACAAAAUAAAACAAUUCAAGUUGCCAAUAGUUCAGGGGAACAAGAAAAAUGUUUAAUGAAUCAUGAAGACUUAUAAGAUAGACUUGAAACUUUGUAUAAAACAGCUGAGCUGAAAAACAAGGCAACAAUGUAUAGCAAAGGAAAGUAUCAAAUGAACACUGGUACCAUUCAUCAUAAAUUGCAACAAAAUAAGUUCAAUAAAGAGAAAAGAAAUGUUGUAACAAGUCCCAGCAAACAGAUUCUUUAUGCAGGGAGUCCAUGAGAAUAUCAAACUGACGAGACUACUAGCAUCCAAUUAUCCUACUUAGGUGGAUCCUUGGUUUGUUGGUCUUGUCUUAGAGUAUGGCUAUAGUCUGUAAAAAACAAAACAGAGAACAGUUAUCAAAAGGCUGAAUAAGAACCAGAUAACCUUAUGUUUUAGAAAAACAAACUACCACCAGCAGAGAAAACCUGGAGGAGGGUGGGACGGGCGCUAUUGCUAGGUGGUUAUGCUCAUCAUAGAUUCCUGCAAACUCUGAUUUGUCCUCCGGGAGGCAUAACCACGUAGCAAAGCUAGUGGGUAGAAUAGCACACACCUGGUGGUGGUCCUAAGAAACUGAAGGCGUUCAACUUCUUAUGGCUUCCAGUAAAAUCUAUCAAAGAUUUUACUGGACAACCAUCUCGCAGCUUUCAAGAUAGUAGGGAGAGGAAGGCCCUUUCCAGCUGCUUUAGUAGCCGAGGCUCCCCUAAUUGAAUGGCUUUUGUAUACGGAAACAUCAGUACCAGUUGAAGACAUGGCAGAAAGUAUCCAGCCUUGAAUUAACCUUGGCUGGACGAAAGGGAUUCCUGGAUGUAAUGAAUAAUUGACUGAUAUAAUUUCUAAAUACAGCAGAAAGUUGAAGGUACGAUUGUAACAAACUGACUAAACAUAAGCCUGGUUCAGAAGGAUCUUGGACCAAGAGAAAAAUUUGAUUUUUUUUGUCUGCCUUUUAGUAUAAUAUGGAAACCUCCCGCGGUCCUGGACAACCAAGGAUCUGAAAUAUGGAUUUGAGUUAACUUUGCUCCUCUAGCUGCCAGGGCCAAGGACAGCAGAGAAGCCAACUUAAUAGCAGUCCAUCUUAAAUCAAUUUUGGUAUUAUCCAAAGACUUUAGGAAAUUUAAUAAGACAUCUACAUCCCAAGUAGAUGUGUAGCGUGGGGUAUAUGGGCGGCAGACGGAUAACCCUUUUAGUAAUCUCAAAUACAGGGCAUCCUGAGUAAGGUUGGGGAUCAGGAAGUUUAAAGCAGAUCCAUAGGUCUUGAUUGAGCUGACAGAUAAAUCAGAAUGGAACUUAAGGGUAAGAAAUUCUAAAGCCAAUGGAACGGUAUCAAAUCCCUGUGUGUUAGACAGAAAAGAAACCUCCCAUUCUUUGAAUUCCUCGAUCAUCUUUCUAUAUCUUACCUUAGUUCUACGUCUUAAAGAUGAGUUAAUAAUAUCCAAGACCUGAUCCGAUAAAAGGGGAUGUGUUAACAGCCUAUCAGGGCUGCGAUCCACAUCAGCUGCGGGAGCUUGAGCAGAAGAUCGCUGGUUCCCUGAAAGCAGUCCACUGUCAUGCCCAAUGGGAUCUUGGUUCCCUUGACUAACUGAUGGAUCAAGGGAUACCAGGGUCUGGAGGUCCAUACUGGAUAAACGAGAACUAAGCUCUGCACCCUGUCCCUGCGGAUCUUCUCCAGCACUUUCAUCAGUAAAGAUGGAGGUGGGAAAGCAUAAGGGGCUGGAACAUCCGUCCAUUGGAAAGACAUUGCAUCCAUUUUCCAAGCUCCCUUUGUCCAGGUCCGGGAGACGAACCUGGGAGUUUGUGCAGAUGUUUGGGAUGCAAACAGAUCUACCGGUCUCUGGCCAAAAUUGCUUUCUAUCCAUUGGAAAAGAGCAAUCUUUAAUUGAAUCGUUGCCAGGGACAAACUUUGGCGAGAGAGAGAGUCUGCAAGCUCGUUUGCCUUUCCCGGAACAUGUUCUGCAAAAACCUGAACAUUGCUUGCUAAGGCCCAAGACCAAAGAUCUAGAGCCUCUAAACAAAGAUCUUGUGCUCGCUGUCCUGUUGUCCGAUUGGACUUUUACCGACGUCGGAGUGACUGCCACAGGCUGCUCUAACAGGGGACGAGGAAGUGGAAUUUCUAACUCCAGAAUGGACUUCAAUUCUUCUCUGACCUUCUUGGGGAGAACAAAUUUUGAUUCCCGCCCUGUCUUAGUCAAUUCCCUAAAAACAGCUGACUUCUUCUGUAAAGUAAGGGGAAUUGUUGUAUGCUGGUGUUAAAGCUAUUAAUUUCUCCGAUAAUCUUUGCUAGGUCUCUCAAGGACCCACUCUGGGGCUUGAGAGAUGAGUUCAGAUGUACCAGUAAUUUGUCCUAUUUGUCUUAAGGGAUUCCUAGAGACAUAGUCCUGCUGUUCAGUAUGAAACCCAGAAAGAGGAUGCUUUGAGUGGGAAUUAGGACUGAUUUCUGUAAAUUUACUACAAAUCCUAGGUCUUGUAAAAGGGAAGCAAGGUAAUCCCUUUGAGAAGCAAGGGCUUCCCCAUCUGGGUGCAUGAGUUUGAUGUCGUCUAGAUAGUACAGACACAUCAAACCUUUUAGUCUGACAUGAGCUAUCACUGAUUUCAUAAUUCUGGAGAAUGUGUAUGGUGUGUUGGAUAGGCCAAACACCAUAACGGUCCACUGCCACACUUUUCCUUUCCACUGCCUCCAACGCCUGUGUUUCUUGGCUAUGGGGACUGAAUGGAAGGCAUUUUUUAGGUCUAACUUUAUGCAGAAAAAAGAUUUCUGUAAUAAGCCUGGAAGAUCUGAUAAACCCUCCAUCCUAAACCUUUUCCACUUGAUGAAAGCGUUCAGAGACCUCACGUUUAGGACCGGUCUCCAGGAACCGUCUGAUUUUGGGAUUGGGAACAAUGGGCUGACCCAUCCUGUAAUAGACAUGUCUGCCAAUUCUAUCUUCCCUUGACUUUAAGCUAAGGAAAGGGAGGCAUCUAGCACUGGGUUCACUUCUCUGUUGGGUGCAAAUUUCUGGACUGGGAACCUUAAAAGGGGGAGUUGUAAACCCCUUUAAAAAAAUCUUUAGAACCCAUUUGUCUGAGGAAAUAUCCUUCCAGUUUAGUGGCAUAUGAAGAGGCACACUUACUUGAUUGCAUGGGUUUUCUUUUGGAAGCUGAACCGCCUCUGUAAUGCGCUCCUCUGCCACCGCCUGAGAGCUUGCGAUUUGAGGGCUAUGUCGGACAGACCUGCUGCAUGGAGUCAGCGGGAUCUGCGGAUGUUUGAUAUGUAAUUAAAGGAUUGGCCAAUAAUUAGCACUGCCCUGCCAGACGCUUUUAAAAGAGCCAUCUUAGAUGCCAACAGAGAUGAAGCGGAAGGUUUCUGAGCAUUGCCUUCUUUUUCUGCCUUAUCCAGCAUCAGUAAUAGUGGGCCCACAGCAUCAGCAAUUUUGAACUGUAUAUUGCGAAAAGUCUGGUCUGUGGGAUCAGAGGAUACGCUGCUCCCUGUGAUAGAUAACAGAGCAGGAUCUACCUCUGGGGUAAUUAAAGCCUGAAUGUCCGGGAUACCAAUGUGGUUCCUGAGGAGAAGGUCAUCCUCCUUAACCAAGGGGGAUCUGAAGGCUAGUUUAGCGAAAUCUCUAACCUCAGAAUCGUGCUCCAUAGCCCAUCUGGAGUGAAAUAAUUUUGAUGGGAGAGUCUUUCCUAGGAGACUUACUCUGGCCAUCUAAACAUUGCUUAGCUUCCCUCGCUCAGUGGAAGCUGCUGAAUGUACCACUUCCUCGGAUUCCCAGUCUAUUUCUGGAGAGUUGUAUCUGGAACUGGAACGGCUUUGGGAGGAAGAGUGAGCGAACUAGCUUUGUUAGGUGGUUAUGCCUCCCGGAGGACAAAUACAAAUUCUGAUACCUGUUACCAGAGUUAUAUGGUAAAUACAUUAAUUAGCUGUUGUUAAUUAAUAUGUGAGCUACAUUCUACUAUUCUAUAAUUAUUAUUUUUGUUAUAAGAACACUAGUACGUGUUCCAUCCCGAUUUAUGUCAAUAUUAGUUUCUAUAAUAUUUAUAUUGUAGGUGAAGAUCGAGAAGGAGCGAGUUUAUAUAAGAGCAAGUAAACAGGUGAGUGGUGAUAUUAGAUUUUGUUUUGUCAUGUUCUUAUUUAUGUAUCUCUCAGUAUUUUCAAGUCACAUGUGACUUCAAACUAUUACCUAUUUAAUAUAUUUUUUAUAAUAUCUUUCAAUAGUAUUUCAUGUGAAAUGUUACAUUAUGAUUUGGUUUUCAGGCUCUUCAAUCACAGAGAAGGACCAAAGUUAUGGCAAAAUGUCUAGCUCUCAGUAACUAUAGCACUGCGAUUACCAACAUUCUGAUCAUUGGAGCAGGUAAACCAAUUCAAUACUAUUAACUAUUUCACCUAGAUCAGUAGAGUUCAUUAGGCCAACAUCAAUAAGUUGAUAGUACCUGAUACUACUGAUGUCUUCUAGUGGAUUUCAUUCACUGGUUCACUUUUUUUUUUGGGAACAUUAUGAUGACUUAUAGCACACUGACCGAUAGAAAACUGGUAUUUUGAUAUAACUACCUAUUUACCCACAUAUAUCAUUGAGGAUCAGAAUUUAGAGUUAUUUUGAAUGUUUUAUCUCCGCCCAGGACCUGCUGGUUUAGUAUGUGCCGAAACUCUAAGGCAGGAGGGAUUCUCUGACAGGAUUGUAAUGUGCACCUCAGAAAAGUAUUUGCCCUAUGAUCGAUCCAAAUUAAGUAAAGUAAGUACUUGUUUAAUGACAUUUAUAUGUGUAUUUUGAGUUUGUUAUUACUAACUGACUGAUUUUUCAUAUAACAUUAAUAGGUGAACAAAAAUAAUAUUUAUUUUACAAACUUGAAUUAUCAUGUUGAAAUAUUAACUGUUGAUUCACAGUUGUGUCUAUAAAACCUUUCACAAAACUGUGAAUGGAGCUGUGAGUUCACUGAUAAAUGCCACAGUACCGUAAAGAAUUGCAGCAAACCCGGAAGCAUCGAAGAUCAGCAUCAUUUUAUUUAUUAUUUAUAUUUAAAAUUCAUAUAUUUAAUUCAUGCAUACAUGCAUGUCAACUCCAUCUUUCAGUGAAGUUCUGUGUUUUACUUGAAGUGUGACUGUUGUAAAGUUAACAACUUACUAUGUUACACUGAACCCUGUCACCGUGUCUCAUUUUGGGUGAAGAUCCAAAGGUCAAGAACCAGCCUCCUUGAUGGAAAGAGUGUGUCCAUUCAUAUUGAAAUUUGUAAACUAUAAAUACUAGUACAUUUCCUACCCCAAAGCCAAACAUUCGUAGACUACAGAUCCACUUAAAAAAUAACCUUCUUGAUCACCUUGUGCAGGGGAGGGAGGAGAGGGUGUUAAGUACUGCAUUGUAACUGUGCUAGGGUUAGCUAAUGUUGGCAAAGUUAAAAGUAUAACAUUUACAGCUGUCUCUUUAGAACUAAGUUCUAGUUAAAGUUAUGUGUAAUUUUUAGGGUCAGCUGAAAGCCCUUACAGUAAAACUGACCCAGACACCUGCUUGAUGAAAUAAAGCUGCUUGUGUCCUAAUCCUAUAUUAAUUUAUAUAUUUUAGUCUAUGGAUUCUCAGGCUGAUCAGAUUUUGCUUCGCUCUAAGGAGUUCUUUCACACGUAUGACAUUGAAGUUCUGACAGAAACACAGGUAAGGAAUUUGAGUAAUUAAUGUAUAAAGUUUAUAUAAUUUAUUUUGUGACUAAAGGGUCUGAUGAAAACAUAAAUACAUGUUUAUAUAAAACAAAGAAUACAAUGUGACCAUCCUCCAUAAUUCCACUCCUAUUCACAAAAUAUCAGAGCAGGACACAAACAAACUAUUAAUAUCUUUCCAACAAGCUAUUGGUUACUGGCUAGUGCCCUGGACUUUAUUUGUAUUCCUUUAUUAUUCACAUGUUUUGACCAAUAGACAUCCUAAACCCUUUUUUCAAAUAUGUACUAAUAAAUCCCAAAUGUUUUUGUAAAAGGACAUGAUUAAGAGUUAUUCCUUUAAGAACCUAUAUAGUUUGUACCCGCUCUAUGUAAGUUAUUUAUUAACUAGUGGUAAAUAUUGCAUUUUCUGAGAAAUUGCAAUAAUUACUAUUCAGGGUUAACUCCACCUCUAGUGGCUGUCUAGCAGACAGCCACUAGAGGGACUUCCUGAAUUGAAACAGACUAUAGUCCGGUAUCUGACGCUGGACAUCCUCACGCUCUUUAUGAGGACCUCCAGCGUCAGAUUUUUCCCAUAGACAAGAAUUGAAUAAUGAUUUCCUAUGGAUAAAUCCUAAUGCGAGCAUGGCCAUUGUCACACAUGCGCAUUAGGUCUCCAUUGCCGGCUGAUAUUGGGGGGGGAGAAGCGUGGACAGAGCCUGACCCAGCGCAGAGGGACAUUGAGGGAGGGGCAUUGUAGGAUUCUAUAGUGCUAGGAAAAUGGCUUUGUUUUCCUGGAACUAGAGUCCCUUUAAUGAAGCAGUUUUGGUGUAUAGAUCAUGCCCCUCCAGUCUUACUGCUCAAUUCUCUGCCAUUUAGGAAUUAAAACACUUUGUUUAUGUAGCCAGGGCUACAUGGACAGAAACAAAAGUGGUUUUAACUCCUGAAUUGCAGUGAGUUUGAGUGGUGAGAAUGCAGGUGCAUGAUCUAUGCACAAAAAGUGCUUCAUUAAGCUAAAGUUGUUUUGGUGACUAUUGUGUCCCUUUAACAUUUGUGCCUAGAAUUUAAAUUUGGCAGCAGGACACAUACAGAUUCUUACUCCCAAUAUAAGUAGAGUUUGAUCAGUAAGCACUGAUUUGUGGUGAACUGAAAAGUAAAUGCUAAAUUUAUCCUAAACCAGCCAUAUAAAUCAGAUGGAGAAUUAUUCCAAAAGAGCACUAUUUUGCUUAAAUUAUGCAAAUCACUUUCAGUUUUACUAAAAUUCAGUGUUUUUAAUUUAGUGAACAAUGACCUCUAAUAAUGUUCACUGCCACCAGAAUAAAUACAUUGCUGGCAUAUGUCCAUGGUUCAUGUUUACAAAUAUUUUUGAAGAGUUCUUUGAAUUCACAUUCUGCAGAAAUGAUUUCAGGUCAUCAGUGUGGACACGAAGAAUAAGAUGGUGGUUUUCAAGGAUGGAUUCCGAAUGGAAUACAAUAAACUGCUGAUUGCAACUGGAAGCACGUACGUUCAAACCUGUUAACAGUUUGGAAAUGUUAAAUACCUUUUAUAUAAUUUUAAAACAUUACAUUGAUAAUACAUUAAAAUGUAAAAAAAUGCAUGAAAAUAAAAACAUACAUAUCUUUUAAUGUAUCAUUGUUUAGAACUGUUUGCUUGGACUACAGCUACAGGCAGUUUUACUUCUAAUCAAUAAGGGACUCUUAUUUUUUAAACCUUUCAGCAGAGGUUUAUGGGAAAAGCAUUUUUCUUCACCAAGUGCAUUUUCUCUCAUUACACACAAUAAGUGGAAUGGCCCUGUAAACUGAUAGUACCAAUACGGCAGCAGCUAGCUCCUUACAUAGAGCCCAGUUCACUGAGAUAUGUGCACCAAUCGGAAUAGACAAGUUGAACAAAAGUGGCAUUGAUUAGCUAGAGCUGGGCAUUCCAGUUACUUGAUUGACAGCUGUGAGAGGCUGUCUUGGAACUGCAGUAGUCCUAACCCUCUCUAUGAACCAUCAGCUUUGCAGCUAUGCACAGUUGUAGUGGUUUUUAGAGUAACCCUUUAAUGUAUGAUACAAAGGGCAGAGCCAUACAGAGGAAAUCUUUCAGGUAAUUAUCUAGCCCUCUUACCCUCAAGUAACAUAACUUUUACAGUCUCUUGUCCCUGGUAGUUUGUGACAGAGUUAUAUAUCUUUCCUGACUCCUGCAUAUUGUUCUGCAUUGAAAUAUAUGAAUUGUGAUAUUCCAUUAUUCACAUAUACCAUGUGGUUCGAAGGAGAGCAGGUGUGAAGCUGUAUUUUGAAACUACAACACUAGACCACCAUAUGUAGGAAUCUAAGUACGUGAAGGCCACCUGCAGCUUUUGCAACAUCAUAGAUGUUCCUCAUUUUACAGGUUUACAUUCCCUGCACAGUCACAGUUAUUCAUGAAAGUGUGAAUCUGUCAAAUUCUCCGUGACAGAUAUAUUUUUAGUUUGGCUCUUCCGACCUAAAAUGGGAUAUUUAUUUUGAAUUCUCUGACAAUUUAUGAGUUUAUGACAAUUCUCACUUAAUGGGACACUGUAGACACUGUAACUGCCUCAUCACAUUGAAGUAGUUAUAGUGCCUGGAGUUCCCUGGCUCCAUCCUUCCAUUAAAUGUUAAACCAUUUUUUUUUUGACAAUCUUUAUUUUUGUAUUUCCAAAAGAGAACAUCAAGGCAGGCAUAUCAGAUAAACAGAAAACCAUAUAAAAAGUAUCAUGUAUCGGCUGACCAAGAUUCACAAGUAAUCAGGUUGGGAGGAACCUCACUGGCCAUGCAGUGGCUUAGGUUAAUUAGGGUACAUGUGAAUAACAUCAACAUAGGAAUAGUAUUCCGUGGCACCCAGUCCGGGUCCCACAGGAAGUCUACUUGACAUGUUUCCAACAUACGGAGCUACUUGGGGUGGGAAAGUGACUCUCCCCCUGCAGUCCCCUGGGUUAUUAUUGAUGGGGCAUCCCUCCAGGUCCCAGGCAGGGUGGUCAGAUAUGUGAGUCCAUACAGUAUGGCAUUUGAUAAUUAAGAUGUACUUGGUAGGGGGUUAAACCAUUUUCAAUGGUUUAAAUUUAAAUGAGAGUCCUUAGCAGCCCAUUCCCUCUGUGCUGCACAGGCUAAUGUAGAAGCAUUAAUCUGAGCAGAAAUGGAUACCCGGCAGAACGAGACUAAGCAAAGCAGAAACGUCAGUUUGGCUGAUAGCUGUUGGAGGGAGAGUCUGCCGUUAUCUGGCCAGUCCCUCAAAAACUGUAGGACAACUUCAACGUCCCAUAAGCGGGAGUAUUUGGGUCUCAGAGGUCUCUGUAAUCGGAUGCCCCUCAGGAGUCGGCAUCUCAGUGGGUCUUUCCCAACGGGUAUCCCCAGGACUGGUAUGUGGGCCGCCGAAAUCGCGGAGCGCACAACAUUGAGGGACCGGUAGGACUGACCUGCGGAAAAAAGAUAGGAAAGAAAAUUCAGGAUGGCCGUUAUAGGUGCAGUAAAGGGUUCACAGGUUCCGUUCACUGCACCAAGAGGACCAGGAAUUCCAAGCUGAUAGGUAACAUUGUCUGGUUCCUGGUGCCCACGAAUCCCAUAUGAGAUCUCUAGCCAUUUGCGAUAAUUCGUCGGUCUGCCAGGCACCCCUGAAAGAGUCCAAGCCACCAAGGCGAGACGGUCUUCCAGGAUGAGAGGGUGAGGGUUCCCUUUCGGAUCCGUGAGGAGCUUUGGAUAAGAUGUUAUGAGGAGGGGAUCCAUGUAGGAUGACGCUAGGAGAUCUGGGAACGAGGGUUGGCCCCACCAUAGGGGGGCGAUGAGGAGAAGAGACCCGCAUUGAGUCUUCAAGUACUAAAUCAUCCUCGCUAUCAUGGUGAAUGGGGGAAAAGCAUACGCUCCCGUGGAUGGCCAUGGUUGGAGAAACGCAUCUGCCGCCCUGCUCUCUGGGUCUGGGAGCCAGCUGAAGUAUUUGGUUGUCUAUUUGUUGUUGCGUGACACGAACAGGUCCAGGUGGAGGGGACCUCUCCUGACCGAGAAGCGAUGGAAGAUCUGUGGGUCCAGUCUCCAGUCGAUGCUGUCCCACCAGUGACGCAAGAACCAGUCUGCGGUCAGGUUCGUCUCUCCCGGGAGAUAUUCCGCCAUGAGAGCGAUUUUUCGGGGUAGGCAAAAGUCGAAGAUCUCCUUCUUAAUCUCUGAGAGGAGUCGGGACUGUGCUCCUCCCAAGCGGUUGAUGUAGUGGACAGCUGAGAUGUUGUCCAUCCGGAGGAGAAUGCAGCAGUCCGUCCUGUCCCUCGCUAGGCUGCGGAUCGCGAAGAUCCCGCCAGGAGUUCUAGACAGUUUAUGUGAAGGUCGAUUUCUUGAGAAGUCCAGAUGCCUCCUGUCGAUCUGCCUUUGUCCGUGGCGCCCCAGCCCCAGAGGCUGGCGUCCGAUUCCAGGACUAUGUCGGGUGUGUUCCCGAAGAUGGCCUGGCCGUUCCAAGCCUCCAUGCUGUUCAACCACCAUCCUAGUUCUUCCUUGACCGCCUCCAUUACCGGAAUGGUUUGGUCGUAGGAAGGGUUGUGGUGAAGAAAGGAGGCCUUCAGCCAUUGCAUCGCUCUGUAGUGGAGCGGACCCGGGAAGAUUGCCUGGAUAGACGCGGACAGCAGGUCCACUAUCUGAGCCAGGUUGCAGAGUGGAAUGGUACGGCAGCGAAUGACUCUGCGUAGUUCCUUUCUGAUGACUGCGAUCUUUGAUGUCGGUAGCCGUAGUGUGCUGGACUUGGAGUCUAUCUCGAAGCCCAAGAAUUGUACCGUCACCACAAAGCCUAGGGAUGUCAGGAAUUGUGUGGUAUAGCGUGUGUUGAGUCAGUCUGGACCUGUCGGAGCAAAACAGUAGCAGGUCGUCCAGGUAGAUAAUGCACCGAAUUGCGUGUGCUCAUAGAUGUGCAACUACUGGCUUCAGCAGCUUGGUGAAGCACCACAGGGCUGAGCUGAGGCCAAAGGGGAGGCAUGUGAACUGCCAGGGUCGGCCUUGCCAUCGGAACCUGAGGAAUUGCGGCAGGAGAGAUGGACGGGUACUGACAAAUAAGCGUCCUUGAGGUCCAGUCUUGUGAACCAGUCCCCGUCUUGGAGGAGGUCUCUCAGAAGGUGAAUGCCUUCCAUCUUGAAAUGUCUGUACAUUACAUAGGCGUUGAGCCUCCUCAGAUUUAUGACGGGCCGGAAAUCUCCGGAUUUCUUUUUCACCAGAAAUAUGUUGCUGAAGAAACCCCUUUGGUCGUGAGCGGGUUCGAUCGCUCCUUUCAAUUUGGGCUCUCGUAGCUCGCCGUCGAUGAGUUGGUGGUCCUCUGUGGAGCACUGUAUGGGGCGCGGAGGGACGGUCUGGAUUGGGGGGUCUACGAAAUCGAUGAUGUAGCCCCGAACCGUCUGGAGGAUCCAUGCGUCCGCGGAGAUGGCUGUCCAGUUCUGAAAAGACAGAGCGAUAUGACCUGCAGUAUAUGGGGUAAGUGGUACUUGAUACACAAGAUUGCUUACCUGUGGGGAAGUGUGCUUUGCCACUGCCACGUGGUCCUCUGUCUCGGUCGGCUCCUCUGGUGUAGGAGAAGGGUUGCCUGAAGCCCACUUCUGGGUAGAAGGGUUGAGGUCUAUGUGAGCGGGGGCCAGAGGGCCAAAACCGGCUGGCUGCUCAGCCCCUUUGGCGGCCAGCCUGUCCAAAAAACACCCCGACUGGGGUAGCCCCUGAAGACGCGUUUCAUAGAAGUCUGAGCCUUAUUAAAGGACGUGAAUAUAUUAACAUGUUUGUUCAGUUCUUUCAGGAAGGCUUCCCCGAACAAUUUGCCCUGUGCCAGCGAUCCCAACUCCUUGGUGCCCAAUUCCACCAGCUUCCACAGAAGCACCUUUGUGCCCAUUCUCUUAUGUCAUGCGCCCACUCCUUUACCAUGCAGGCAUCAAACUGGUCAGCCCUUGUAAAUGUGUCGUUCGCCAAAUACAUGAUGUGGGAAAGUGGGCCAAUGGAGUCCAGCAGUUUGUCCUGAACUCUGUGGAAUCCCUUCUCCACACCUCUCCGGGGGUCACGGCCACCACGAGGCAUGAAGGUGGUCAUGACCUGGUCGAGCUCCGGAGUUUGAGCCACGUGGUCGGGAAGCUAAGGGCGAGGGCAUUCAGAGAGUAGGCGGUUGCGCACCAUUUUGUCCAGCGGUUUGCGGAGCCACAGGUGCAUACAUUUAGAGAGGUGUUCGGGGGGAGUCCAGUCCCCAGAGCACGGGUGCCGGAUAUUACGAGGGUCGAAGAGACAUUGCCCCAUGGGGUCCAGGAUGGUUUCCCCUUCUUCUUGGGCAGGUGCGAGGUCAUCCGGCAGUUGGAUGUUGUCCAAGAAAGUGCCUCGUAAGAAUCCAGUACGGGAGCCAGUGUCCGACCCCAGUCAUCUACCUGCAAAUCGGAAUCCGCGGCCUGCCAUUCAUCCAACACGGCCAUGGAAUGUGUGUGUUCUUCCCCCUCAUUCGAGGAGUAGUGGGCGGGGGUAGGUGCGGCUGGCUUGUGGCGUUUGGUUGGUGCCUUGCCUUUGCCCGGAUUAUCGUUCCCCUUUUCUCCCUUCCAGUGGCAUUUGCUAGGUCGUGAGUCAGCCUGUGCAUGUGAUUCUGAAGCCUCAGAAUCUGUCACGUAUUCAUCCGCUUAUAGAAAUGUGGUUAAUGACAUUUACUGUCCACACAGGAAAAGUUGUGCCGAGCAGCAACCUAAUCCACAGAAGGGUUAAUGCUGAGCAGUAAUUGUGCAAAUGAAACCUGGUGUCAUGUAUUCAUCCGCUUAUAGAAAAGUGAUUAAUGACAUUUACUGUCCACACAGGAAAAGUUGUGCCGAGCAGCAACCUAAUCCACAGAAGGGUUAAUGCUGAGCAGCUAUUAUGCAAAUGAAACCUGGUAACUGACUUUGGGGUCAAAGGCCGGUUACAGCCUAUCAGAACUAAAGGAGGGGUAUUUAGGCCCAGUUCUCAGCCUGCUCAGUGCCCUGUCGUGGUUUCCCUUGUGGUUGUCUGAGAGCGCGUUCCUGUUUAUAGUUUUCUACCUGGUUUUUGACUUUGGCUUUGUUUAUUGACUUCUCUAUAUUCUGGUAUCCUGACUCCUGGCUUUCCUCAUCGCUGUGUCCCUUUCUGUGUUCCCUGACCUCGGCUAGUAUUUUUGACUAUUCUUUGUACGUUAAAUCCGGCCAUUCUAAGGACCGGUAAUACGUUACUUAUUUGUCAUCCGUGCUGUACAGUUCUACGUGCUGGAUCAAACAGUAAUCCUGACAUUACGACAUGGCCAUAGAUCCUGUAGAACUGUGUCAGCACAUAGCUGCUUGCGAGAGGAAAUUAGAGGAGAAUGAUCACCGCAUGGAUCAAUUCACUCAGGCUUUAAGUACGCUUCUCGCUAGAACGGAGCAUCUGCAGCCUGCAGCGUCUCCUCCUAUAGCACCUCUACCCUGUGUACCUCCACCCACUGUUAAUAGGACUCCUUGCAUCUCCUUAUCACCAUCCCUACAGUUUGAUGGCAAUAUCCAGGAAUGCAGGGGCUUUCUUAAUCAGGUGGAGUACCAUUUUGAGGCCUCACCAGGGUCAUUCCCCACGGACAGAGCAAGAAUUGGUUAUCUAAUAAAUCAAUUAAAGGGCAAGGCUCUUGCAUGGGCUAAUCCGUUGUGGGAGAGUAAUCGGAGCAUAGCUCAUAAUUACCAGGAAUUCCAUGCCGAAUUCAAGCUCACGUUUGAGCCAUUGGGUAGAGAGGAUGACGCCUCCACUGCCCUAAUGCACAUCAGACAAGGUAACCGGUCUAUCUCGGAUGCUAUUGAAUUCCGUACCUUAGCUUCCGAGGUAGACUGGACUAACAAUGGGUUAAUCUCAGCAUUCAAAAAGGGUCUCUCAGAGACUAUACUAGAUGAGAUAGCCACUAAAGAAUUACCUAAGAGUCUUAACGAAUUUAUUACGUUUGUCAUGCAUAUUGAUAAUAGGUUAAGACUCAGAGAAGUCACCAGAAGCAAGACCAGACGUACGGCUAUGUCCCUAGCACCUCAAUUCUCUAAACCUGUUUUGUCUAACCUCCCUGUACAGUCCGAACCCGAACCUAUGCAGUUGGGGGUCACUAGACUGUCAGAGGCUGAAAAACAGAAUAGGAGAAGGGAGGGGUUAUGCCUAUAUUGCGGUAGAAAGGGACAUAUGAUAACUAAUUGUCCAGUAUGUCCGGAAAACUUCCGCACCUAAGAACCUUAAGGGGACAGAUCUUAGGUGUGAUGGAGUUGUCCUCUAACAAAAACAAAAGUAGAUUCCUCCUUGAGGUAUCUAUUUCCCUUGAUAACAAGAAGUUUUCUUGCAGUGCUCUAAUGGACUCAGGUGCUGCUGGAAAUUGUAUUGAUGUCCAGUUUAUUAGGGGUAAUGAGAUACCGGUCAGGGAGAGACCUAUGCCGCUAGCUGUAGAGGCUAUUGAUGGUAGACCACUCACACAACCGCUUAUAACCCACGAAACUGUCCCUAUUACGAUCUCCAUUGGGGCCUCCCAUAGGGAGGAGAUGACGUUUCAGGUUAUUACUUCUCCAUCAUGUCCUAUCAUAUUAGGGUUUCCGUGGCUGAGUAAGCACAAUCCCUAUAUUGACUGGGCUAAUGGGGAGAUAUUAGAAUGGGGUAAAGAGUGUAUGGGGAGAUGUAUAAAACCAGUACUAAAGAGAUUGGAUACUAUUGACCUUCCCACUACCACUCCCCAAACUCCUGGAGUUCCCAUACAAUACCGAGAACUUCAGGAGGUGUUUAACAAGGCUCAAUCCGAUGUAUUGCCUCCCCACAGAGCAUAUGACUGUGCCAUUAACCUGUUUCCAGGCGCUAUGCCACCUAAGGGGGCAGUUUAUGCCUUAUCUCCCCAGGAGAGUAAAAUAAUGGAGGAAUACAUCAAAGAAUCCUUGAGCAAAGGGCACAUAAGAAAGUCAUCCUCACCAGCUGGUGCAGGAUUCUUUUUUGUUGAGAAAAAGGGUGGUGAGUUACGCCCUUGCAUAGACUACAGGGCACUUAAUAAAAUCACUGUAAAAAAUGCAUACCCUAUCCCACUCAUUUCCGAAUUGUUCGAUAGACUUCAGGGAGCUAAAGUAUUUACUAAGCUUGACCUUAGGAGCGCUUACAAUUUGGUUAGAAUUAAAGAGAAUCAUGAGUGGAAGACGGCAUUUAAUACCCGUAGUGGACACUAUGAAUAUCUGGUAAUGCCAUUUGGGUUAUGCAACGCCCCGGCCGUAUUCCAAGACUUUAUAAAUGAUGUACUCAGGGAAUUCAUUUACUCAUUUGUCUUGGUUUAUUUGGACGAUAUUUUGGUGUAUUCCCCUGAUCUUCAAACUCACCACUCCCAUGUGAAACAGGUUCUGCAGACGUUGUUGAAAAAUAAACUUUAUUGUAAAUUAGAAAAGUGCAUAUUUGACCAGCCUGAAGUCCACUUUUUGGGUUACAACAUCUCUGCAUCGGGAUUUCAAAUGGAUCCUAAAAAACUAGAGGCUGUACUACACUGGCCAUUACCCUCUGGUUUAAAAGCCAUUCAAAGGUUUAUUGGUUUUGCCAACUAUUACAGAAGAUUCAUCAAGGGAUUUUCUUCUGUAAUAGCCCCAAUCACAAAUAUGACUCGCAAAGGGGUUAGUAGCACAGUAUGGUCCAAAGAGGCUGUGAAUGCUUUUGAGACUCUUAAACAAAGAUUUGCUUCUGCGGACAUACUAAAACAUCCUGACACCAGUAAACCUUUUAUAUUGGAGGUUGAUGCAUCCGAGACAGGGGUAGGGGCUGUUCUCUCUCAGAGAGAAAGCCAGGGAACACCAUUGCAUCCUUGUGGCUACUUCUCCAGAAAGAUGUCUCCUGCUGAGCACAACUAUGAUAUUGGCAAUAGAGAACUGUUGGCCAUUAUUCUUGCCCUCAAGGAGUGGCGACAUCUUUUGGAGGGUUCCAAGGACCCCCUGUUGAUCAUAACCGACCACAAAAAUCUGGCAUAUAUAGGGGAUGCCAAACGUUUGUCUUCCAGACAGGCUAGAUGGUCACUGUUCCUUUCACGUUUUAACUUUCUCAUUACUUUUAGACCUGGUUCUAAAAAUACCAAGGCUGAUGCCUUGUCCAGGCAAUUUGAUAAUGAGUCAGCUCCGGAACAGAUGACAUCUCCUAUUAUUCCACCAGAGUGUAUUAUUGCUACUACUGUCCUCUCACUGUCUUCUCCACUGCUUGGCACCAUACUGGAGGCCCAGCCUCAAGUGCCCAGUGGUAAACUGUGUGAUAAACUGUUCGUUCCCCUAUGUGAAAGGGUUAAUAUCAUGAAAGUGUUCCAUGACAAUAUAACUGCUGGACACCUGGGCAUCAAUAAGUCCACUGCCGCGAUCACUAGAUCAUUUUGGUGGGUUUCACUCAGGAAAGAUGUAAAGGAGUAUGUGCAGGCAUGUUCUGUGUGUGCAGUUUCUAAGGUGACUCAUGCACUUCCUUGUGGCCUGUUUCAGCCUCUUCCUGUUCCUGAGAUUCCAUGGUCCCACUUAUCCAUGGACUUUAUUGGUUGUCUGAGAGCGCGUUCCUGUUUAUAGUUUUCUACCUGGUUUUUGACUUUGGCUUUGUUUAUUGACUUCUCUAUAUUCUGGUAUCCUGACUCCUGGCUUUCCUCAUCGCUGUGUCCCUUUCUGUGUUCCCUGACCUCGGCUAGUAUUUUUGACUAUUCUUUGUACGUUAAAUCCGGCCAUUCUAAGGACCGGUAAUACGUUACUUAUUUGUCAUCCGUGCUGUACAGUUCUACGUGCUGGAUCAAACAGUAAUCCUGACAGAAUCGUAGACAUGGUGUUGGGCUUUUGUGGCUUUCUUGGUUUGAUCAGCUGAUGCCGUCAUUACCCUGGAAAGCGCUUUCUCAAUAGAGGCGGAGAUGGCUUCAGCAAUCAUUGCCUGGAAGUCCGCAGGGCUCUGGGAUGCUUCCAUAAUGUUUAGGAGCGGGACCGGUAUGGAUCAGAAUAUUUGUUUGGCAGAGGGUGUACGUUGGGCUAGGGGUCAGUCUGUGGUGUAGAUCACAGUAAGUGAUGGUACCAGCGGUACCUGUAGAACACCAGCAGGGUAUAAGUAUAUGUAAACUAAAGUAUAAGCACCCCAGCAGGUUGGGUAUGUAAUCCAAAUAUGUGGUAUAAGAAUACCAGAUUCCCCAGCAGGGUAGAUUGGGUUUUUUUACUGGGCCUCACCCAGGUAUGUAUAUAUAAAUAAAGAUGGCACAAAAUCCACCUAGUAUUAAAAUUACAGGGCUUCACCUGGUCAUAUGCAUAUAUAGGUGGCACGAAAUCCACCUGACAGCAGCAGUAGUUAAUGGGACUUACUCAGUUCUAUGUGUAUUUAGGUGGCACAAAAUCCACCUGAUAUAAGUGUGAUUAUAGUGGCCUCACCACUGAAUAGGGCUAGCAACCGUUAUAGCAGGUUAGUUUAAAGCUUAGAACUAACCUGAUGACCCCUGCCUGGCUGGAGCAUUUGCAAUCUGUGUAUAGUGUGGUCAGGAGCCGGAACGACGGAGAUCGAAGAUCUCCUAAGAUGGUGGCCUUGAAUCUCGUGAGAUGCGAGAUCCAAUAUGGCUUCCGGAGAGACGGGAAAGGGGUUUCCCGGCGUGCCGGCGAGUGUGAUUGCAGCUGAGAGGUGGCGAGGAGAGUGGAGGGAGGAGGGUGAACGUUACCCUCAGUGCAGUUAUAUAAACCCAACGAACCGAUAGGGUGCUGGAAGAGGACGAGGUAAAACAAAGUGGAAAUAGAAUAUAAUGGAGAAAAUACCAGGACUAAAUAAAAAGGUCACUGAGGGCAGUGGGGGUGGUAAGGGUAGGACAAACAGGGGAGAAUCCCGGAGGUAAGAGGAAUAUAAAUAGAAAUGGGGGACAGAAAAGCCCUAAAAGACAGAUAGGGACACCCCAGCACAUAAAAAUCCACAGAUAAGGCAGUAAAAGCAUACAAAACACCAUAAAUCAAUACAAUUAAGGGAAGAGCCAAAAACUCUGACCUAUCUGCUGAUGGAGCAGUAAAGAAAGAGGGGGAGGAGCCUCAUCACUGUGAAUACUAUACCUCCUAUUGCAUUUUUGAUUGGUUAAUGUUUUCACUUUUCUUUACUGCUAUGUGGAGUUAGUAAAGAGAGUUUAAUGCAAAAUAGGAAGCCGCCUGUCAUGUGGUAAAAUUAACAGCAUAAUAUGUGAAUUCAACUAUAUAUAUAAUAUUCCAGUUGUAAGUAAUUUGGUCGCUUGUGUGUACGACCUGGAGAUAAGAAUUACAAAGUUCAGGACAUGAAAAACUCUGUGAUGUAAAGGAUGUAAUAUUUGAUGUAAACAAUAAAUGGGCAGACAAAGUGACUGCUAUUUUACAGCUCUGCAAAGAACAGAAACUUGUUACUACAAUGCUUAAAACUUCUGUAUAUUUAAAUAAAAAAACAAAAACAAAAAAAGUAAUAUCACUUAUUCUUUUCAAUAGCCCCAAAACGCUCACAUGUAAAGGAAAAGAACUGGAUAAUGUAUUUACACUAAGAACUCCUGAGGAUGCCAACAGGGUGGUGAAGCUGGCAAGCAGCAGGAAUGCAGUGAUUGUUGGAGCAUCCUUCUUGGGUGAGAAGCUGGUUUAAAUAUUAGUGAUUUGUGGUUAACAAGUCACAAAAUGUAAUUGUAAAAAUAUAUCCAGAUUAGUUACAUUUGUUCUUUUUUUUGCCUCAACUUUACUAUUUUGGUUCUAAUGUUCAGGCCUCGUAACUGUCCCAAUUUCAGCAGGACAGUCUCAUUUCCAGGGACCUGUCCCACUUUCCUGGUGUUGUUUCUUGCAGUGCGGGCUUCAGAAGUGCUCUCUGCAUGUUUUGCUUUUAGUAGGGUCAGCCGGGAGGAACGCUUUGACACAAGACUGACACAUACAUUCUGAGGUUGCGUCACUUUACAUUUAGUGAAAUUCAAAAACUGGAAAGCACAUUUCCUGUUCAAACCAAUAAUAUUUAUAUUGUAAUACUCUUCUGCAUUGAUUUUGUGUCAGUGUUGGCGAUGUUCUAAUAAACUUACUCUCCUGCUGUUUUUUUUUUUUUUACAUUUCACCAUUUGUUCACAAAGUACAUAACUCUACCAGAAAAAAAAUGUUUUUGUCAUAGAUUCAUUAUUCUCAAUGACAUAUACCUGACAUUCACUUUGAUUGGCUUUCUCUGCCAUUCUCCUACUACAAUUCUAUAAUACAUUCUUGUACUACAAUCUCAUCAUACAAAGCAGAUUUUGAACCAGCAACUAGCCCCAGCACAUAAUUAAAAACAUCUCAGUAAGAAACAUUGCACAUACAUACUCCAUGACCACUUCAAAUCACUGAAAGUGGUCAUGGUGGCUGAAGUAAUCUGAUUCUGAUGUAGCCCAGAUUGAGAAGCUCCAUUUGUCAGCCUAAAUUAUUAUUAUGUUAUUAUGUUAUUAUUUAUAUAGUGCCAUCAAAUUCUGCAGCGCUUUAUAAUGGGUGGACGAACAGACAUGUAAUUGUAACCAGACAAGUUGGACACACAGGAACAGAGGGGUUGAGGGCCCUGCUUACAUACUAGAGGGAGUGGGGUAAAGUGACACUAAAGGUAAGGAUAGUAUUAGACUAAUGACAGUUGCAAGAGAGGAAUCAGUCGGGAGCUAUUAACAGUUUAAUUGAUACGCUUUUAUGAAGAAGUGGGUUUUUAAUGAUUUUUUGAAGGAGUGGAGAUUGGGUGAACAUCUAAUGGAGGAGGGAAGCGAGUUCAACAGGAACGGUGCAGCCCUCGUGAAGUCUUGAAGGCGAGCAUCAGAGGUGGGAGUACGGACAGAAGAUAGACGUAAGUCUUCAGCAGAUCAUAAGGGCCUAGACGGGACAUACUUGUGUAUUAGGAAAGAUAGAUAUGUGGGAGCAGCAUUAUGUAGAGAUUUGAAAGCAAGAACCAGAAUUUUAAAUUGAGCCCUAUAUCUAACAGGAAGCUAAUGUAGGGACUGACAGAAGGCUGAGGCAUGGGAGGUGCGGAGAGGACAUGUAGAUUUCCGUGUCAUCUGCAUAGAAAUUAUAUUGGAAGCCAAAGGAGCUAAUGAGUUUACCAAGGGAGGCAGUAUAAAUGGAGAACAGUAGGGGACCAAGGACUGAACCUUGAGGGAUGUAGCGGUUACCUCAGGUAGCAGAGGGGUUUCCACCGCUGGAGGGUGUCCUUUUCCCGAUCAGUGAGGAGGAUUCUCAGCAUCCAGUCGUGAUCCAAGUGAAGAAGCUCUUACAAGAGCUAGUGUGAAUUGCUCUAUAAGAGACAAGACUCUAGAUUAAAGGUGAAGAAGAAUUGAGGUUUAAUGGCAGGUACUCUCCUUUUAUUCAGUGCUCCCAUGCAAGGGAGACACCCACAGACAAUUAUACAUUGACCAAUCAAACAAUGGUUACAACCCACAUAUUCCCUCCCCUUUGCUUGGGAGAUAAUUGAGUUACUUACUGUUUAUACUCCAUUAUCUCCAAGCUGAAAAAUCAUACUUUUUAUACAUUUUUCUAACUUCUUGAUUUUACAUUGUAUACAAAUAAAUAUAUAUUAUAUAUUUAUACCCAGUAUAACAUGGGGAACCACAUAUGUAAAAAUCACAUGAAUCCGUCCAGGGGUUUGGGAGACAGAUAAAAGUUUCUUUGGACCGAAUUUUCCCAUUCGGAUAAAGUUCAAAUUUCACGAACGGAUUGAUUCGCGCUUAGUCUCUUUAGAAGCAGCUUGUUCGGGAGUUUAUUCUGGUGAAAGAGCGCUCCGUUCAUAUGAGUUUAGCCGAACGCACGGAAGAUGGAAGUUUCAGCAGUGUUAACUUUUGCCGCUCUUGAAAAAGGCGCCACACAGCGCCGAAACGCGCGUCGAGUUAGUUAGAAGUUUUACCUAGCCAGUUAUUCUCUACUUUAUUUAACGUUUGACUGAGCCUUAGGCAGACUUCUUUUUUCCAGAGAGUUAGUCAGAAGUUUUACCCAGCCAGUUAUUCUCUACUUAAUGUUUGACUGAGACUUAGGCAGACUUCUUUUUUCCAGAAUUUAGUUAAUAGUCCAGCCUAUCUAGUUACUCUUCAUACUACUCUAAACGUUUGAUUUAGAAGCUAGGCGGACCUCUCUUCUCUCCUUUUUUUGUAUACUCUGAACAAUCAGCCCAGCCUAUUUAGAUAUAUCCUGUUCACUUUGAUAUUUAUAUUCUAACUUUUAGAUCUGGGCGGUUUCGUUUUUAUUCAUUUUUUUCUCUCUUUACUGCAUAGCUAUACUACAUGGGGUCAGGUAUCUGUGGGUGAUGUGCCUGCUGUUUGAGAGAAUUGUUUAGGAGAUUUUCUCCCCUUUACCUAGGAGGCAGGGGUUGAUUUUUGGAGCUGUGUUUCACCCUUAAUCAGCUCAGAUUAGUGCAAUAUUGCAUCUUUUUUCUUUGAAGUAACAAUUGCAGGAUACAUAGAAUUAGUUAUAAGAUUUGAUAACAUUUUUGCUACUAUUUAGCAAUACACUUCCAAUAUUGCUACCCUGUCUGCCUUUGCAAGCACUUGUUACUAUUUUUGAAAUGUGGGGCUGACUAGUAUCUAGAUGAAUUGAGAUAUCUGGGUAUCUUUAUAUAUUAGAAGAUUUCUUCCGGAAUUUUCUUACUCCUCUCUACUUAUAAUUUAUACUCUUGAUCCUAGAUUUAUCUCACUAGUAUAGUCAGCACCUCUGCCCGGUCUAUUUACUAUCUACCUAACGGGCGUUAGAAGCUUGCCAUAAACUCCAGGGAACCACAACCUGUUUAUUGGAUGUUAUUCCCACAAUAGCAGUUUGAUUAUAUUUCGUGCAGACACUCCGGUUUAUCUAAGAUUUUCGUGCAAUAUGUUACAUCUAAGACACUCCAUCAGGACGUGCUUUUCUGGCUUAUAAAUUUGCCAUAUACGUAACCCUUUACUGUACCUGCCUUGCUGCCUCCCAUUGUGGUACUAUAGCCUCAUAGACCAUGGGACAUCCCCCUACCCUGGACCCCUUGUAAUAUAUGUAUUAUAUAUAUAUUUUUUCUAUAGUCUCUAUACGUCUUUUAAUAUAGUAUUUUUUAUUUUUAUCCUACUAUUUUCUAUUUGUGUAAACCAAGGGAUUCCAUACUUUCUAAUGUGGGCAUACCCUUAGUCUGGGAUGCUGUGGUAGAUGGAACUUCGCUCCUCUCUCCACACACCCUUAUCUUUGGGAUUCUCUCUAUUAUUAGUGGAAAAGAGUAGCCAAAAUGGUUCGACAACAAAACACCGCUGAGUGCGUAAACAAAAUGGCCGCCGCUACGUGUUCGUGCAAACAGAUUCGGUUUGUGAAUGGCUUUUCCAUUAUCGUCAAUUUAGAUGAAGGUUUUUAAAUGAAUGACUUGUUCACAAUAUUACAGAUCCAACGAAAAACAGGGAGAUCUGUUACAAGGGACACCAACAGAGGGGAGUUGGGGAGAAGAAGCAGAGCCAGAGAAAGAAACAUUGAAAGAGCGCUGGGAGAGGUAGGAGGAGCACCAGGAAAGAGCAAUAUCUUGUAGACUGAUAUUGUGGAGGACGAGAAGAAGCUGUUGAUGCUCAACCGUGUCAAAAGAAGUAGACAGGUCAAGGAGAAUAAGGAUAGAGUAGUGACCACGAGAUUUUGCCGCGAGUAGAUCAUUGGAUACUUUGGUCAGUGCCGUUUCCACAGAGUGCUUAGAGCAGAAACCAGACUGAAGUGGAUCUAGCAGAAAGCUGGACUCGAGGAAGUCUGUCAAUGUCACAUACACAACUCUUUCACGGAUCUUGGAUGCAAAAGGCAGUAGCAAGAUAGGACAGUAGUUGGAUGGUGAGUUAGGGUCUUUAGAAUUUGGGUUAUAGUUGCAUGUUUGAAGGGCGAUGGAAAUAUACCAGAGGAGAGAGAGAUUGAGCAUUUUAGUGAGAGGUGGAGAAAGAGAAGAAGACAGAGUACGGAUGAGAUGUGAGUGAAUUGGAUCUAAGGAGCAGGUGGUGGGGCGGGAGGACUGGAACAGAGCAGAAACCUCUUCCAAUGUAGCAGGUGCCAUAUUUAUGCCAUAUUUAAAAACUUGUCUUAAAAGAACACAAUCCUAUCACUUUACUUAGCUGGUCUUUUACUGUAGUUUAUGCCAGAAACAAAUAUUUUCACCACUAGAUGGUUUUUAUUUAUUUUUUUUUUUUUUUUAGAGAGCCAUUAGACAGAAAACAUAAUCAUUAGUUUUGUCCAUCAAAUAUCAUACCUUGGUGACUGUAAGCUUUUCAUGUACAUAAAAUUUGUGAACAACACAACAGUUACUUGUUGGAGGGUGAGUGAUCUGCCAAAAAUGGUGUUAGCGUGGAGCAUUUUUAUGUAUUUUUCACUAUUUCAUAAUUAUUUAUAAAACACCGUUUUCCUAAAUGAAAUGCAGAUGGAAAAAUUGAGGCAAAAAAGCUGAUAAAAAAAUCUCCAACUUUGCUAAAAAGUCACAAUUUGGUUCUUUUUGCCUGUUUUACAAUUUAUAAUGUGUGAGAUUUCAGAGUUUAGUGAAUAACUCCCUUUUUUACGUGCAUUCCUACAUUUACUGAAAUUGCAUUCAAGAACUGAAAAACUAUUGAUUGUACUCAUAUUCAUUUUCAUGACAUUUAUUUUAAAUAUAGAUUACUGAUUUAUUGCUCGUUAUUUAUUUAUUAUAUUGUCUUGCAGUUUGUAUUCACACUGAUCAUUUCUUUUUUGACUCUGUAUUUAAUUGUAUAUUUCUGUAUAUUUGUCUGCCUACCUAUGUCUGUUUAUCUGUGUAUUUCUGUUCACAUGUGAUUCGCACUCUUGUAAACAGUACUUAAAAUAUUUUUUUUAAGUAUGCUUCAAAAUCCAAGUUAUGCUCUCAGUUCAUGAAAAUAUUUGUUUGAUGUGUAAUUCAUCUCAAUAAAUCCAUCAAUAAGUUUGUAGAACAGUGCAUUUUAUAUUUUACUAGCUUUUAAAAAAAUCGUUUAGUUCACAUCCACAUUUAUUCAGGUUUGUUAAAUUUAUGUAGUGUAACAUUUUCAGUAGUGAUAUCUGUACCCAUUUAUCCACAAUUAGGUAUGGAGGUAGCAGCAUAUCUGUGUGAAAAGGCUCACUCUGUCUCUGUGGUAGAACUGGAGAAUAUUCCCUUCAAGAAAUUCCUGGGGGAAAAGGUUGGACUUGCCAUUUUAAAGGUAUUUAAUAAAUGAGCCUUGACUUGAAGGAUAUAAUUUUCUUAUUAUUAACCUUUAUUCUUAAUUAAAAUUGUAUUCUUUUGUAGUGUAAUAGUUGUCACCGUUAGCAUUAAAUUGUAGAGGGAUGUUCAGGGAGUGUACGUAAUUACCGGUACGUAAUUGCCAAUAUUUUAGAAAAGUUCCAAGGGAUGCUUAGAUAAUCAAGCCAGCAUGUUUUUAUUGCUUCAAGGUAUCGGCACCCAGACCACUUCAUCUCAUUCAAGUGGUCUGUGUGCAGUGUCAUUAUUCCUCUAAUCCUGCAAUGUAAAAAUUGCCUUUUUAGAGAAUCUGCAAUUUUUCACAUUGCAGUGUUAAGACUGCCUCCAGUGGCAGCCACUAGACACACUUCCUAGAAACACUUCCUGCAGUUUCACAGGAAACAACUCUUGCUGUCCUCACGCUUUGCAUGAGAACAUCCAGCAUGUUGAAAAUCCCCCUUAGGAAAGCAUUGGGUUGAUGCUUUCUUUUUGGUAAGGCCUAAUGCGCACAGUGCUCACCGCACAUCGCAUUAGGUUCUUCCCAUCGGUUGACAGAGGAGGAGCCUGAUCAGCUCAGAGGGACGUCAGCGCUAGAAUAAGGUAUGUGUUUAAACUGUUACUAAACCCAUUAAACACUUACCAUGAUGGGCGGGAGGAGGACGGGAGGGCGCUGGGACAGAGGGACACUGUAGUAUUAGGAAUCCAGCUUUGUAUUCCUUGUGCUUCUUUAAUCUAUAGUUUCCAAGGAUACUUCAUUUUCCUUCUUCUCCAAGUAUAUAAUCGACGCUUCACAUACCAGCUCAUCUCCCCACAGCCAUAUCCCCUCCAGAACAUCUCAGCUCAAGUGUAUCUCCCCAAAGCCACAUCCUCCCCAGUUAAAGUCACCUCAGCCACAACCCUCCCUAAUACAUCUUCAUUAGCCAUUUCCCACUCAAGUGCUUUAUUAUGAACAUUUUUAAACUACUAAAUAUCAGCCAUAGAGAAUAUUUAUUGCGUCUCAGUCUUACCAUCUAGCUAUCAUAAAAAAGUUAAAACAAAAUACGCUUCUGUGGUUUUAUCAACAAACUCAAAUUGAUUUGGCCAUAUAUCAAUAUUAAUAAUGGUUUUAUGUAUUUAUGAUCUAUAGUAGCCUCAUAGAUGGUGUCAUAUCUUAUAAUUUAUAAGUGGCUGAUAGCACAAGAACAGAUAUUCUGCCAUCUAUACUAGAUAUUUUUGAAAUAUUGCCAAUAACGGUAACAAAUUGUAACAAUAUUUCCCUUUUAGAUUGUAUUAAAUAUAAAUGAGUAAAGUAACCAAUAAAUAAUAAAAAUAAUACACAUAAUUUGUAUUUCAAUAUAAAUGCUCAGCAAGACAAUAUAUUUUUUCUUGUUAUCAUUUCUCAAGCAUAGUAAGAAUAAGACUAUAAAUUGUGUUUUUUUUUUAUCACUGUUAAAGUACUUUGAUUAGUGGUAGCUUUCUUUUUAAAUUAGCAAAUAAGCUAUUUUUUUAUUUUAGUGUUGGUCAUUUAGGGGAAUUUAGGAGGGGUGAACUUUGUAGGUAAAAGUAGUUAAAGCAAUUGUAGGGUCUUUGCAUUUUUUUGCAUACCCCCUUCCCCUCCCUAUGGUAAUAUGUCUACAUUGGAGCCAUGGGAGGGGUGCAGGGUUAAAUAUACAUACCCGCACCUUUUUAUAUUCAAAAGGAUCUAUUUUCAGUGCCUGGCAGCUUCAUUUGCUAGGAGUUUUGAGUAUGUGUGAGAGUACAAAACCCAGUUCUAUGGGAGAUCCAGUAAGACAGCGGGAUCUCCCUGAUGUUAAAUAGUAGGAUAUUGUGGGGGUAGAUGCUUUAAACAUUUCACUUCACCACAUUUUGCCAAAAUCAGCAAUUACAUAAGACAAUGCAUUCUCUACUAUGUCAGCUGUACAUCUUCUGAUUGCAUUGGAAUUUCAUUGAAUUUCCAAAGAAUUCCUUAUCAUUUUUUUAAAUGAAGAUUUUAUAUUCAUGAAAAUCUCAAAGUGGCAGUGCCGCAGGUUUUAUUUAGGAGAAAACAAAAAAUCAAAAUAGAAUGGGAGUAAGUUAAUUAGUAAGGUAGCAAGCAAGCAAGUUUAAAUAGUUAUGUUUUAGUGUCUAUCAUGCAGACAAUAUUUGCUCUGCUGAAGAUGCAAAUGCAGCACAUCAGAUGUCACUAAAACGUUUUCAGACUUUGACACAGGAUAGUACAGGGUCAGUGUAGUGACACAUACAAUGUCACAGGGCUGCAAAAUGAGAGGUGUUAUUGCUACACUCAGAGAAUGCAAGCUUACAAAUACAAUGUGUGUUUUAAAAAAAUGCAGAUAGAGAAAUUACUGCUAACUUUGGCCAAGAUUGGUGAUAAAAUGGCAGCACAUUAUUUAAUUGUAUUGUAUUAUAAGUUAAUUAAUUUGUGUGCUUUUUUUAUUUGCUUCAAAAUAGGCAUAUAAGUAGAGCUUUACAAACCUUGGCUAAGGUACACAAAGAGGAGGGGAAUGUUGUUAUGGUAGUCAGAAAGGAAGCAGAAGAUAUAUUGGGUUUAUUUUGCUGAAUUUACACUAAUUAGGAUCUACAAAGUAUGUAUGAAAGAGGCAGGAAAAUACCAUGACAGGAAUUAGUAAUAAAAUGGCCAAAUAGAAAGAUAUGAAGAGACUCUAAAUAUCCAACAAUAUAUGUUAGAACUAGAUUAGUGGGAUUUAUCAGACAUUUAACAUGGAUUUGUAAAUUAUAGCUCAGAAUAGUUGGCUUAAAACUCUCUAACUUGGAUAUUUUGGUCCAAAUUGUGCAAUUCUGUGGUAAAUUCAAAGUUUUGUGAAUACCCUUAACUUAUUUAUAUUGUAACUAUUUGAUGUUUUCUGUCGUGUAAAAUAGUUGUUCUCUGUAUUCUAGAUGUUCGAAAACAAUCGAGUAAAGUUCUACAUGCAGACAGAAGUUUCAGAACUAAGGGAACAAGAAGGAAAGGUAUUUCCUUGCUUCAUAUAAAGCUUAUUUUCAAUAAAAACAGAAACAUUAAUCAAGUAAAUAAUCUUUUUAGUUAGUAACCAACAAAUAUGGCUGAUGAAAAAUAUCAUUAGUAAUAUCUUAUAAUAUUAACAUAACACAUUACCUAUUAGACUGUAUAGCUGUUUAGAGUGAAGGACUGGAAACAGAGUGUACUCUAGAUACCUUUUUUGGUGCCAGAUUAGAUUAUGCAACUAUUCCACAAAAGAUCACAUACGAACUGAUAACCGUAGGUUCCUUCAUUACAAAUAUGGAAGUCCACAAACAUUUUAGUUUAUUACUACAUAACCAAAAUGCAGCCAAUGAGAACAUAGCACAGCUUUUGCAAAAUGAAGUAGACACUGUAGAUGAUUGACUGCAAAAACUUUUUGUUUUGUCCACAUUCGGACUAAAUUUUUUUGUGUUUUUGGAUGAAAUUUGGCCAUUAUUUUUGUUUCAUAAUUUCAUUUGGACAAGUGAAAUUCCGAUCUAUGCAGUGGCAGCAUCUGGCAGCUGUUUAGUAGAUAACUCACUAAAUUGGUAUGCUUGUGGUAUUGUCAUAUUUCAGGGAACGCUGUAGGGUCAGGAAUACAAGCGUGUAUUCCUGAACCUAUGGUGUUAAAAAAAAGGCCGUAGUUAACCCCCCUUAAAAAAAAUACCCUGCCUAUCUCCCUCAUCCUAAAAACAGUGAGGGAGGCCCAAUCAACUAAACAUCUGUAAAAUAAAAAAAUAAUACUUACCAUUAGAUGUUGUCUUUCUUCUUCCAACUUCUUUUCUUCAGCCCCAAAAAAGGCGAAAUAAAAAUCCAUAAAGUCACGUCGCAACUAUUAAGAAAACAAAAUCACGUAAAAAAACAAAUCAUCUUCGCCCCGCUAUGGCUCUGCAUGAUCUGCAGGACAGGGAACCCCUUAUAAAACUUUCCCACGCAGUGCAAUUUGAAUCAGAAUGCUCUCAUUGGUUGAGCCUUACCUGUCAGAGCACUCCAAACCUCCUUUAUACUAAUUUGGGGAUUAUAUUGACCCCCACAGCCAAGGUUGAGGGAUUGUACAUGGGGAUUUCAGAAGCUUCUCUCUUUAAAUAUUAUAAGGAGGUACCUGUGAGCCGGUAGCCACUUCCUUGCAAUAAAUUUAAACUAAAGAACACAUUUCGUGGAUGAAAUUUCAUCUAACAAGCUAUUCGUUCUUCAUUUAAUUUGUUGUGUUUUGUGUUCGUUCGUUUGUCUUUUGGUCAAAUGGAUAAAUUGCUGAAAAUUCAGACGAAAACGUGUUCAUCAGAAAAUGAAUGUCUAAGUCUAUUACUGAUAUAUUGUUGAGUUACAAAUUUAGUUUAAAAAAAUAGAAAGAGCAAUAGAUUGAAAUUACACUAAUAAUUAAGUGUUCUGCCUCUUAUCAUGUUUAUUUUUUCUUAUAUAUGUCAAGCUGAAAGAAGUGGUGCUGAAGAGUGGAAAGGUACUCAGGGCUGAUGUAUGUGUGAUUGGCAUAGGUAAGAGAAAUGAACACCAUACGAUUAUUGCAACUGGCUUGGGCAGGACUGGAACACGCAUUCUUUAAAGUCACUUCCCAGGAUUUCUAAUAUCAUGUUAAUUUUGUUCCUAUAUUUAACAAAUAUGUGUUUUAGAGGUUUCAAAAAAUUCAAAUUAAAAAUACUUGUCAACCACUAUACCAACUACAUCCAAAUGUACUGGUUAUGGUGCCAUGAGUUUCUGGCACCAUCUCAAACUAAGAUGUUAAACCAUUUCAUUACAACUUAUCUGGGUCAUGUCGAGCGCCCAUGACUGCAUCCACUGCAUUCAGUUUUCUCUAGCUGGAGAAUCUCCGUUGAGCUCUCUCAUUGAGAUACAACAUAAUGUGUAAUGCAUAAAAACAAAAAAGACUUUCAUACAAAUUUCACUUAUAUAAAUAUAUGUAUAUAGACUUAUCACCAUAUGUAUAGUAUAAAUAGGUGAUCCUAUGAUGGUCAGUAUACAAAAUGCACAUAAAUCAGCUGUAGCACUUUAUUGGAUUUUAUGCAUUUGUUUUUAAAUUUCUAUUUAUUAUGGUUUAUGUGCAUUUUUUUAUCCUGACCGUCAGUAUUGCUGGAGGAGCCCUUGGGAUCAUCUGUAUACAACAUACAUAUGGUGCCAAGGCUACAUUUAUUUUUGUAAGGGCAAUUUGUCUGAAAGUAUUCAUGUUUUUAUGCAUUACACAUUAUGUUGUCUUUUAUAUAUGUAGAUUUCCGUUUGUUUUUUGAAAAGUUAAGUGGAUUAGCAAUACAUCACUAUUACAUCAUUACAUAAAAAAGUGAGCAAAACAGUGUGAACAUUUAGCAGUCUAAAAUGUCUCAGAGCAGUUUGUUUAAGUUGCUGGUAAGUAUGGGAUCGCAAAUGUCUGUUAAUCUUCAUACAGAAGGAAAACCAAAAAUAAAGAAACAUAUUGAUAGCACAGUCAAUGUACAGUAACAGAGCUAUAAAAUAAAAGUAUAGAAAAUAUAAUCCAGAUUUAUGGAUAUAACUCAGGAAAAUAGUUUGUUUAUCAGGUGUAUUUAACCCCCUCACAUUGAAGCAUAUUAGUUUCAAUUGUGCCAUAACAUGUAGGCAUAUCUGAAUAUUGCAUAAUUACACAGGGGAUGUGUACAUCUCAUAAAUUGUGACCAUGAAUGACUAAACUAAAAAAUAGGCAAAGGUAAAAUAACACAAAAAUGUAACUAUGUACAGGUAGAAAGCAAUUUUAACUAUUGGACCCAUAAUCCAUCAAAAUAUAUAGGGGACAGUGCAAGUCUUGCUAUGGGCUUCAUGGCCCAAGAGAGAGUAGUAAAAGAACCACUCGUGGGGAGGUUUGCAGUGUGAGUAUAAAGUGCUUAAAGCGUAGUGGUGGAAGGCAUAUAAAAGGAAAAUUUAAUGAUACCAAUACUGUAAGUAACUAAUACAAAGACACUACAGUAGUGACACAACUAUCCCGACACUAAAAAUCAUACUAUGUAGAAGGGUAUUAUCAUUAUAAUGUAAUACAAAAUAUCACAUUGCAACACCCAUCUGUACUUAAUGUCCCUGGAACUCAAAACCUCUGUGGUAGGUCACAAUGCCCUCCUGGCAGCCAAAGUUGUUGAGGAUAGAUCUUGCAAUAUGAGGACAUUUUGCCGACUAUAAGAGAGCACAUCCAAGUCCCUAUCACUUUGUAGAAUUUCCUCCUUCAGAGGUAAAUGAUGAAUCCUGCAGAUGAUGUUGCAGGUAAGAUCUUUUUGCAGGCCCAGAGGGCUGGCAGCCCUAUCAAACUUAAUUACAGAGUCCUUAGGCUUCUCAAAGAUGGUAUUAAAUAAAUCUUGUAAGGUGCCCUGGAUAUCUUCCACAGUGUUGACCGGUUUAGGGAUCCCCCGAUACAUAAGCUGUUCUGUCUCCCCCAGUUGUCAAUGUCAUCAAUUGUCCUGUAGAUCAUUGUUAAAAUAUUGAAUUACCUUGGUUUCAUGGAGGGAGAUAGGUAGAUGAGACAUCCCUGUCAUCCUCAAACUCCUGGAUCCUGGUGCCAAGGUGUCGGAUGUCCUGGCACAGGUUAUCUAGUUUAAUGCUGAACCUAGCUUUCAACUUGUCCAACACGGCAGCCCUGUCAGUUUUGAAUGGUAGCUGCUGUAGGAGGUAUCUGAGAUCUUGCUUCUCCAUCAAGAUUUCUGACACUGAUUAUUUAGGUGGUGCGAUGUCCAAUAACAGUGGGAUCGGCAUCAUCUUCGAUUGCAUACUCGAGCCCCCGGGAUCUUGGAAAAAUAUCCACAAGCUGUAGAGGUAGAAGGUGUCAACAUAGUGCACUCUUUCUCGAUGAUAAUUGUUUCGAUAUUUGUUUGGGAUAUUGCACAACUGCCUCACUGAUGACUGAGAGACACACUCAUGCGUCCAUACUGCUCAUUCUUUUAUUUUGUUGAUCAAUGUAGAAGGUAGGGAAGCAUCUUGAGAUCUAAUAGCUCUUUUCUAACUUUUUUCCACUGGUGUUCUCAUAUAAGGUGUUGGAUGGUAUAUAUAUUGUUUUAAAUGAAAAUGUAAUCCUUGAUGUUUCAUCUUUAACAAAGGUUGAUAUUUUAUAUGUGUGGAACUAAUAGAUUUUAUUUAUAAAAGCAGCACUCUAUGGGUUCUCCUACUGACCCAGAAAUUAAACAGUAAACAGAAAACACAAAGUGCUUUAGCAGGGUUUAGGUGAAAUUACCCCUUUCUGACACAACGGUGUAUAGUGCAGAGCUAAAAAUUUCAGAUCUUAUCCAUGCGGCAUAGACAGGUUUUGUACAUAUACCGGGGGGGAAAACAGAGAAAUAUAUAAUAGUGUAAUAUUGUUACAUUCCAGUAAAUAAAGAAUUAAAUAAAGAAUUUAAAAGGGGAUGCUUAAAGAACCUUUUUGAUGUUAUGGCUCUGAACGUGCUGACUUUCUGUGCCUUUAAGGUAACAACAGAGACCAUCUUUCUUGUGUCCCUUUACAAACUCCAGUAAUAUAUAUAUAUAUAUAUAUAUAUAUAUAUAUAUAUAUAUAUAUAUAGCAGGAGACAUAAAGUGCAAGAAAAAUAGUGCAGGAUGUUUGGAAAUCAAUAAUUAUAAUAAAGUGUCCACAGUAUACUGCUCACCUUGUUCUGGAGACCAUAUGCUACUGGCUCCAAGUUUUAGCACAUACUUGCCAAUUAUGGAGUGGCAAAGACCCCCUUUGGAUGUAGAUGGAAAGAAUGCUAAUCCCAGAGGAUUUAGAAGAUUUUAAAAUAAUCUUAACUAUUAAAUUACAAACAAAAAUAAACUCCACAUGUUAGAUAAAAACAAAGUAAAUAAAGAAUAAAAUAUGCUGUCCUCCAGGUCUCUGAUUUUAACACCUUUAACUUAGUUUAUCAAAAUUAAUUUUGUUUUUGCUCAAAAGGUUCACUUCAUUGAAACUAUGAUUUCCUGCCCUAAUAUACAGUAUUUUAAUUUUAUUUUACAAUAAGUACACACAUUUUCUGACAUAAUCUCUAUAUUAGCAACCCCUUGAUUAAUGAUAAUUAAUUUUUUUAGUAGUUUACCUUUUUUUUUCAAUCAUUCUAACACAGUAAAACCUAUUAUUGUUUUAGGAGCAAGUCCUACGACAAGUUUUUUAAAACAGAGUGGCAUCACCAUUGACUCCAGAGGUUAUAUUCCAGUUAAUAAGGUAACAUGGUUUUUAUAACACAAUUUACAUCUCCUUAACAGUGUGUGUAGUAGUCAGUGUGUUGACUGCCUGGAAUGUUGGGUAGGUAUCCAGUACCAUUGAUCUGAGCUCAUUUGAAGAAAUUGAUUAAUCAGUUUUCUUUUCUGCUGUUGUUACUGCAUAUUUCUACAUAAAUGGAAUGCUGAAGUUCACUGGGCAGCAGUAACUCUUUUGAAAAUUAAAGAGUCAUUCUAAGCACUGUAAAUAUAGAACAAUAUAAAAAAAUGCACAACCUAAAAAUAUAAAACAAAGGGAGACCGCAAUAGUGUAGAUAAAAAAAAAUAAAAAAGGAUAAAUAGGCGGGGUAUGCAAAAUCUUUUCAAGUGCUUCUUUUCUUAUCCUAUUCCAGAAUGGAGGCUUAGGACAAAGCACAGAAACAAAACAUAGUGUAUAGCUGUAUGAAUAAAAGUAUAACUUUAUUUGUUUGCACUUACAAGGUAAAAGCAGUCAAAAAGGCUCAUCAAAUCACUAGACGUCUUCCCAGUCAGGAAAAAGAAUAACCAUCAGGGUUUGGAGAUGAAGUAAAUAAUAGCGUCCAUAAUAAAAUAACAAUCAACUGAAAAAAUCCUGCCACCCUACGCAUUUCUUCUUAAUGACUUUGUCAGGGGCGUGUGGCAAAAAUACAUACACAACACACUAAACACAGUUUUUAAAUACCCCGCUAAAAAUCCAUUACCGGCCGUGUAGCCAAUCAAAAUCCGAUUUAAAAUUAAUCCACCGUGUAGAAAAUCACGUCCGUUGUCUUCAUUCCCCUUUCUCACUUCAUUUCCUGGUGAUUGCGUCCCAAGUCUCGUUUUCAAACGCAGCCGGAAGAGUAUUGAUGUUGGAACGCACAUGCGUUCCACUGAGGCUUUACAUCCGAAACCCGGAAGCAGCAACUAAAUCUUUAUCCAGCAUUGGAACGCUGAUGUGCUCCAUUUGUUUAAUAAAAAGUUCCAUCAAAGGUAAAAGGAUCGAACAUAGAAUAAACACAUUGUAUUAGAUCAAUCCAAAACAUAUCAUAUAAUACGAAAAUAAUUAUUAUAAAUAAUUCAUAAAAAAUUAUUUGGAAAUGAUUAAAAUAGGUCUAAAACCACUUCAAAAAUAGGAAUAAAAAUUCCAGAAAGCAAAUCAUAUCAAAAUCUACAUUCAUACUGUUAGGUUGCAUAGUUUUCAAAGUGUAAAUCCAGUAACCUUCUCUCUGUCUAAGUUUAAAUACCAGGUCACCUCCUCUUUCACCCAAAGACACUUUUCUAAUCCCAAUAUAUGAGAAAGUACUGGGGUUGAAAUUUUGACACCUGUUACAAUGAACAGUAACUGAGUGGGUUAAUAGUUUUUUCUUAAUAUUAGAGUGUUCUAAGAGUCUCUUCUUCAACGGUCUGAUUGUCCGACCAACAUAUUAAGUUCCUCAACCACAAGUCAAAAGGUAUACCACAUGUGUAGAAUUACAUGUGAUAUGUUCCUUAAUUUUAAAUUUCCUUUUAGUUUUUGAACUCAUAAAAUGGUGAACCUUAUGACUCUUAAAGGACCACUAUAGUGCCAGGAAAACAUACUUGUUUUCCUGGCACUAUAGUGCCCUGAGGGUGCCCCCACUCUCAGGGUCCCCCUCCUGCCGGGCUCUGGGGAGAGGAAGGGGUUAAAAUCUUACCUUUCUCCAGCGCCGGGCGGGGAGCUUUCCUCCUCCUCUCCUCCUUCCUAGCGACGUCAUCGGCUGAAUGUGCAUGCGCGGCAGGAGCCGCUCGCACAUUCAGCCAGUUCAUAGGAAAGUAUUUACAAUACUUUCCUAUGGACGCUGGCAUCUUCUCACUGUGAUUUUCACAGUGAGAAGCUUGCAAGCACCUCUAGCGGCUGUCAAUGAGCAGCCACUAGAGGCUCUAGAGGCUGGAUUAACCCUCAGUGUAAACAUAGCAGUUUCUCUGAAACUGCUAUGUUUAUAAAAAAAAAAAAGGGUUAACCCUAGCUGGACCAGGCACCCAGACCACUUUAUUAAGCCGAAGUGGUCUGGGUGCCGAUAGUGGUCCUUUAAAGUGACAACUUUUACAUGAUCCACAUGUAUAAAAACCCUCAUUCUCAUGACUUUCUUGUUUUUCCCUGUUUCUAAAAGUGCUAGGUGCCAAAAUAUUUUUAAAACUCUUUCCUUUCUUAAAAAUAAUUUGUGGGACAGGAGGGAUUUCUGGCUUUAAAAAAUCAUCCUCCAACAAAAGAGGCCAAUGUUUAUUUAAUAUUUUUCUUAUUUUACUGGCAUGAACAUUAUAUUGGGUGUUAAAAGAAAAAGCAAAUUUAUUAUUAACCGACGGAACAUGUUUCUCCUUUUAAGUAAUAGAUCUCCUCUCUUCGUUUUAUAAGAACACAUAAUUUCUUUAUUUAUAAAACUAUUUGUAUAUCCUUUCUUUAUAAACUUAUUUUUUAAAAUUGAGGCCUGAUCUAAGAAAAUAUCCUCAUCUGUACAAUUCCUUAUUCUUGAAAAUUGGCUCAGCGGAACACCCCGAAGCCAAUUUAGGUGAUGAUUACUCUCUGUAUUAAUAUAACUGUUUGCAUCAGUGGGUUUAAAAAAAGUCUUGGUCUUAAUCUUAGCAUCCUCAAUAAAAAUAGCGAGGUCUAAAAAAUUGAUCUCAUUAUGGCUAAAAACAGGAGAAAAAAAUAAAAAAUAAUUGAUUAUGAUUAAUGUAAUUAAUAAAAUCCAAUAAAAUGGCCCCUGAACCAUUCCAUAUAAAGAGAACAUCAUCUAUAUAUCUUCUCCAGAGUACCAAGUUCGCGCCAAAUGGAUUAUUCGUCUAAAUAAAAUUCUUCUCUCAGUAGUCUAAAAAAAUAUUGGCAUAACUUGGUGCGAACUUGAUACCCAUAGCUGUUCCCUGUAAUUGUAAUAGAGGUCCAUGUUGAAUAAUUCAUUGGCAUGUGGGCCAAAUAUCUUUAAAAAAAAAUUUGAAUUUGUAUAUUUGCUAGUUCAGUAAAUAACCAAUGCCCAAUGUUAACAGAUGCCUGAAAAUAUAUAAUUAUAUGCUUAAUUGUUCUUUUUCUGAUCAGAUGAUGCAAACCAAUAUCCCUGGUGUAUUUGCUGCAGGGGACGUUGUAACUUUCCCUUUGGCCUUUCGGAAUAACAAAAAAGUGAAUGUACCCCACUGGCAGAUGGCACAUGUGCAAGGUAGUGUUGUUAUCUUAAUCAAUUAAUUUGUUCAAUAAAUAAGUGCUAUCAUUGGUAAAUACACUGUGUCAAACAAAAAUACUUAAACUAUAUGUUAUGCUACCAGAAUUUUGAGAUUACUCUAAGCAGGGCUCAAAAAUUUCACGUACCCAUUUGUAAGUGGAAAUUCAGCCAUUACAAAUAAAAAUCCAUUCCAAGUGAGUGUUUUAUGGAACCUGUAGGCUUGCAGUGGCAAGUAAAUAUUGGACCUGACCAGUAAUAUAGGACUUCAAUUUAUGAGCUAUGACUGUAAAUAUAUGACUACGACUACAGUGUUACUAUGACUACACAAGUCUCAAAAUUCUGGACUUGGAGAAUAGAGAACAUGGGUUUACCUCCAAAGCAGUUGUAAAGCAACAUAUUUUGAGUGAGGAAAAGUGGACAAACAGCCACACUUGUGCCAGGUCACAUCCAAACCAUCACGACUCCAAUGUUAAAACAAUAAACUUUAUUGACUACUUCUAAAAAUUACAAUACAAAUGUCAAAGUGUGAUUGUAAAGACAGCUUGAACUAAAAACUAAUCGACUCUCCUCUUUCGAAGGCCGUAUUGCAGCCCUGAAUAUGUUAGCACAGGGUACUGAAAUCAACACUGUUCCCUACCUGUGGACAGCAAUGUUUGGAAAGAGCAUACGAUACGCAGGUAAUAAAAUGGUCUGAGAUUUAGAAACAAUAAUAUUUGCUAACAGGGUUAUUUACUAAAGUGUGGCAUGUCAUGAAUUCACAACGAAUUAAUACGCAUUAAGAAGUUCAGAUUUAAAUAUGGCUAUUUUUGCCAAAAACUGUGAAAUGCACUUUGAACAUAUGACAAUUCAUAGUUUGUUGAGUAAUUCAGUAAAAUGCAAACUGUUAGGGUUUCAAAGUGAAUUUCAAAUGUUAUGCUGCAACAGCUGAAAUGGAAACAUUCUUCUCAUCAUCUAUCAUUUGCAGAUCAUCUCCAAGUCAUUAAGAGUUCGAGGCUUGCAUUUGGCAACUCGAACCUUCAGCUCCCACCACAGAUUUUCUAUGGGAUUAAGGUCUGGUGACUGGCUAGGCCACUCCAGGAUCCUAAUGUGCUUCUUCUUGAGCCACUCCUUUGUUGCCCUGGCUGUGUGUUUUGGGUCAUAGUCAUGCUGGAAUACUUAUCCACGACUCAUUUUAAAUGCCCUGGCUGAGGGAUGGAGGUUUUUACCCAAGAUUUGACAGUACAUGGCCCCGUCCAUAGUCCCUUUGAUGCGGUGCAGUUGUCCUGUCCUCUAAGCAGAAAAACACCCCACAAAGCAUAAUGUUUCCACCUCCAUGUUUUACGGUGGGGAUGGUGUUCUUCAUAGGCAGCAUUCCUCAUCCUCCAAACACAGCGAGUUGAGUUAAUGCCAAGGAGCUCGAUUUUGGUCUCAUCUGACCAAAACACUUUCACCCAGUUCUCCUCUCAAUCAUUCAGAUGUUCAUCGGCAAACUUCAGACAGUCCUGGAGAUGUGCUUUCUUGAGCAGGGAAACCUUGCGGGCACUACAGGAUUUCAGUCCUUCACGGCGUAGUGGGUUACCAAUUGAUUUCUUGGUGUCUAUGGUCCCAGCUGCAUUGAGAUCAUUAACAAGAUCCUCCUGUGUAGUUCUGACAUGAUUCCUCACCGUUCUCAUGAUCAUUGAAACUCCACGAGGUGAGAUCUUGCAUGGAGCACCAGACCGAGGGAGACUGACAGUUAUUUUGUGUUUCUGCGAAUAAUUGCACCAACUGUUGUCACCUUCUCACCAAGCUGCUUGGCGAUGGUCUUGUAGACCAUUCCAGCCUUCUGUAGGUCUACAAUCUUGUCCCUGACAUCCUUGGACAGCUAUUUGGUCUUAGCCAUGGUGGAGAGUUUGGAAACUGAUUGAUUGCUUCUGUGAACAGGUGUCUUUUAUACUGGUAAUGAGCUGAAAUUAGGAGCACUCCCUUUAAGAGCGUGCUCCUAAUCUCAGCUUGUUACCUGUAUAAACGACACCUGAGAGACAGAAAUAUUGCUGAUUGAUAGGGGAUCAUAUACUUAUUUCACUCAUUGACAUGCAAAUCAAUUUAUAACUUUUUUGACAUGCACUUUUCUGUUGUUUUUUUGUUAUUCUGUCUCUCACUGUUAAAAUACAUCUACCAUUAAAAUUAUAGACUGAGCAUUUCUUUGUCAGUGGGCAAACGUUCAAAAUCAGCAGGGGAUCAAAUGCUUUCCCCCCUCACUGUACAUAAUAUAAGGCAGGUGCUUUUAAUGUUGUGAAUACAAAAAACAAAAAUAAGUGCUCUCUAUCUGGUCAAUAAAAGCUGCUAUUCACCAACAAGGAGUUCCCUUAGCCUUGUGAAAUACAAAUUGAGACGGAUAAAAGGAGAUAGGUGAACAGCGCUAGAUAUACAGGUUACAUACGUCAGGAGAUGGAGUAUAAAAAUGUAUCUUUAAAAGAUACAUUAAAAAAUGGAAAAAAACACAGUAAUAGUGUAAUAUGAAAUGGUAGUGAUGUGGAUAUUUUUAUAGUGCCAAAGGAACACUCACACUUUAUAGAGCUAUAUAAGCUCUAUUUAUGUAGCCUGGACGGAAUAAUCCCAGUCUGUUGAUUUCUUUAUGGAUGUCAGCGCAAUAUUGCUUUCAAAUGGAUGAAGGGCAUCAUAUGUAAAAGAAAAGAACCAUCCAUAGAGCAUCUAUAUUCUAUACUAUACACCUUGUUAAAUUAUUAUCUACAUAUCUGCAAUUACCAGAAACCGAAACAAAGUUUGAGCAGACGUUCCAGACGUUUGCCAGUGUCAAAGAUGGCGGCCGCCGUGCAAAAAGUGUAAUGAAUGACAGCCGCCAUCACUACUGAUUUCACUCUAUAUUGCUUAAGCAAAUCGUUGGUACUUUACCAUUUUUACUUAUAGUAUGUUUUUAUAUAUGCCUGUGUUGAUUUAACUUUGCUUUCAUAUAUAUCACCCUAUUGGAACGCCACCCUAAUUCAAAAUGGCGCUCAAGGCAUUUCCGUGCACGUCAAUAGCUAUGUGCAGUGUACAUCAUUACCACAGUAUCCCGGAACCGGAAAUGACACCAGAAACAGGAAAUGGUCGCAUACUACACCGGAAUCUGAUUGAAACAUCAAGAGACUACUUAAACUCACUUUUGAGAAAGCUUCAGUGAAACGCGCCAAGUGAGGAGUGAGGACUACAACAGAGGACUGGUUUUUAUUUUGUACUUAUAUUUUAUUCUGUAUGCACAAAUAAAAGUAAUAUUUUAUCUAACUAUAUAUAUAGCCAGCCAUUUUUGUACCUCACAUCAAGACUAAUCUGCAGCUGUUCCGGGUCCACGUGUAUCCCUAGCUGGGGAUUAUUCCACCUAAAGCUCCAUACACUAGAGCAGGACAUUGCUCUAGUUGAUGUAAGUAGGUUUUUUCCCUUCUUCACCUACUGUGUAUUUACAUACCACACCAUUGGAUUUAUUCUUUUCUUUUACAUAUGAUGCCCUCCAUCCAUUUGAAAGCAAUAUUGCACUGACAUCCAUAAUGAAAUCCACAGAUGGGGAUUAUUCCAUCCAGGCUACAUAAAUAGAACUUAUAUAGCUCUAUAAAGUGUGAGUGUUCCUUUGGCACUAUAAAAAUAUCCACGUCACUACCAUUUUAUAUUGCACUAUUACUGUGUUUUUUCUCUAUUUUUUAAGAUACACACCUUCAUAUUUAUACUCCAUUUCCUGACGUAAGUAACCUGUAUAUCUAGCGCGGUUCACCUAUCUAAUUUUAUCUGCUUUUAAUGUUGUGGCUGAUCAAAAUUCCACAUCCUAUAUUGCUGUUUCCUGUUUCACCUAUAGACGUCACUAGUGCCUUUCCUUUUAAAAGUCAGCUAUUGUGUCUAAAGCUGCAGAAAAAAAUAAAUGGGUAUAAAGUCUUCUAAUAUGCUUGACACCUAUAUUGUUGUACUCCCAAAAUACCCUUUCCUUUCUAUUAUCUCAGGGAAUGGGGAAGGCUUUGACGAUGUCGUCAUUCAAGGAGACAUUGAAGAAUUCAAAUUUGUGGCUUUUUAUACACGGUAAGGUACAUUAUGUUAAUUAGUACAACUAUAGAUUUUUAUUGUUUCGUGAGAAAUGCUUCUUCAUAAUUCUAACAUUUAUGGAACAUUUAUAAUCAUUAUAACUUAAAACCCUUCAAGAAAAGAGUUUCUUAUCGAGACAGCCCUGAGAUGUUUUUGAAUUGAAUUAAUUACUUGUAGAUAAAGUGAUAUAAUGUGAUAUCAUAAAUGUCUGCAACAUGUUUCCUGAAAUUCAGUCUUAGAAUAUCUAAUCAAAUGGUUUCAGUGAAAACAGUGUUUUAUGUCGUUCGAAGCAGCUUUAAAACAAGUAAUUCUGUGUUAAUUCUUUAAAAUGCAACAGAAUAUAUGACUCUCAUGAGUCUCGUGUGGUUUAUUUUUAGCAGUUUGUUUGAAACUGAUGUUAAAAGUGCUCUGCGUUAUUUUACUGUUUAGGAAACAGAAAGGGAGAUACAAUUCCAAUAGUAAGAUGACUUCUUGCGUAGAUGCGUUCAGGUAAUGUUGGUGAGCAUUCGGAUGCUCCAGGUUCAAGGUUAUAUCUUCCGGAUCUCUUUGGACUGAACUCUAGAGUUACUGACCUAAGACAAUACUUGUACAUUUCCAGUGAGCCCUGUAUGAUUUGCAUUUCAUGAAACUAUUUUUAAAGUUUACGAUCUUGUUUUUUUUUUUUUUUUAUAAUGGGUUGCUAUGGAGAGUAUAUUUUGGCUGAAAUGCCUUCUGUACAAGAUAUCCCAGGUUGUAAUCGUAACAAGAAACGUGAUACAUUUUGACUGCUUGAAGCAGACAUUGUGAGAACCUAUACAAACAUCCGUAUCACUGAUUGCCAAGUGCAACACUAGGGGGUUUAAGCACUAAAUACCUAAUUGUAGUAAAAUGAAAAUUGAAUGGCAAAAUGUUCUUGAAAAAUUCUUUCACUCAGUUGUUGUCUUGGUUAGGCUAUUUUAGACAAACUUUUGUUAUUCAGAUUUUUUUAAUUUAUAUGCUAUGGUGUAGCAACAUAAAUGGAACACGUAACAGUACAAUUCUAUUUAUAAAUUUGCUAGAAAUCAGGCUUCUACAUGUGGAGCCAUAUAAUUUCUGCAUGGCAUGUACACCUUCAUUUUUUGGUUAUUUUGCUUUUAAAGCCUGUCAAUAAAAUUUAAUUGCUUUUCAGAAUUUUAAAGGUGCCCAGAACAUGGGCCAGAAACAUGUUGUUCAAACACAAGCUAUGAAAUAUAGAAACACACUUUUUCUGUAAUAAGUAGGUCAUAAAGAAGAAUCCUGGCACUUUGUAUGUCGAUGGAAGCAUUUUCAUCAGAUAUUUCCUCCAAGCAGCCACUGUGGUCCCUUGGGCAUACUAUCAUACCGACUGUGUUCUCACAUUAAACAAGGCGGUAACUCUACUGAUCACUCCUCCUGUUACAACUUCUGGCAUGGGAUUAUAACUUAAUCUGUCAUCUCUUAUGCAUUCCUCUGUUCUGUCCCGGUGACAAUUGUGUGCCAACAAUAAGAAACAAAAUUGUUGGUUGACACAAUUUUAUUUGUAUGAAAUUCAUUGUGACUGUUAAUAUAAAUUAAUAAUGUUUUAUUAUCCUAAUUUGUAAUUAAUUACAAACAGAUCGGUUUUUGUGAAAUUUAACAAUUUGUUCUAAAAUGAAAUCUACACCUAGAACUAUAUAAUGUUAAUAAUGUCAAUGUUAUUACCAUUCUAUUGUUUUUAUAGGUGCAGGUAAGUAAUAAAAUUGUUUCUCUGUGGACAUGGACAAAAUAAAUCUCUGCCAGUCAUUAAGUGCCCCCUGCCUUUGAUUAGUAGGAGGGUCUUCUAAUGAUAUGCUCAUAUUUUUUUUCUGUUGGUGACCCAUAUCACAUUGUGAAUUCCUGACUUGUCGAUCACUUUCGUGUAAAUGGAUUGCAUAGCACUUAACAGUGGAUUUGAUUGAUGAUGUGCAUUUUAAACUUUAUUACAACUUGCGUGGACUGUGUUUUUGCGAAGUGCCAAAGAAGUAAAGGAAGUGAAUGGAAAUGGAAAAUAGCCUCUGGGAGCAUUUAGGAUCUAAAAUCCAAUUCCUUCAGUUGUAAACAGUUGAUAGAAAUAAAAUAUAUGAAUUUAUUAAUACUUAAUGUGGCUUUGUCACCUAUUUUUUUUUUAUAAAUUAGUUUAAAGAGGCUCUGUCAUGUUUUUUUUUUCUUUCCUUAUGUCACAUGUACCUUAAUGAUUGUAUUCCCAUCUUUGUCACUUGACUUCAUUUAUAUUUAUUAUCUUUUCUUUCUUGCACUGGGUGCCUCCAUUUUGUUCUCAUUUGUUCAUGAAGUCUACAGCUUUCUUUCUGUGGAAUUCUUUUGACUGAUGGAUUAUGGGUAGUUAGCUUAGCAUGUGAAAUGGAACUUUGCUAACACCCCACCCAUUGUCUAAAAUUAGCCAGAGAUUACUCUCUCCACGAAAAAGUGUACUUCCUUCUUUUUCUUAUGUAUAACUUAAAAACUAUGGUGAAUUGCAAAAAUGAAAACAAGAAGAAUUAGAGGGACAAAAAAGGAUUAAUGUAAAAGCCAGAUAUGCAAAAUGACAGAUCUACUUUGAAACAUUAAUGCCAACAGAUUAAGGAAUUUGCAACUAAGCAAGCUGUAUUAAAUUUAGCUGUUAUUGCAAUUUGAUGUUCUGCCAGUUUUCCAAUGUGGAGGUGGCCAUCUUUCAUACCCCUAAACACUGUAAUUUAUGAAUGUGGAACUGGACAGGGCAGGAUUUAAGGAGACUUGUCAGUCAGGCGUGCAUGCAUAUUAGUUUGACUGGCAGUCACCAUGCAUAGAGGGCUGUUUAAUGCUCUUGUACUAGCUCAGUGCCCUGAAUUUAAUUUGGAAACAUUUUUAUGGUGUCCCCUGGGUUAGGGCGGCCAACCCAAAACAAAAAGCCCCAAAUCACAUGCUUCUUUACCAUCUCCAUUCUUGCAGGAUAGUCAUGAUUUUCAAGUCCUGUCUUGACUUGAUUCCCUGCUGUCUUGCUUUUGAGGACACAAAAGUACUGUCCCCAACAAGCAUAGAUUGACCACUAUGUUCAGGGCACCAGUUUCAGUGCAGGGAGCACUGAAACAGUUCUACCAGCAGGGUCUGCCCUCACUGGGCUAGCCAUAAAAGAUGGACAGGCAGCCUGGAAGAUUUUUUUUUUAUAUGUGUCGAGUCACUGGCCUACACCAUCUUCCCCCUUCCACCAGCAUCCUUAUUUGAUGGAUGCCAAAUCAGGAGUGUCCAGCCAAAUCAGUACUGUUGUAUUACAAUGUUUAGACCCUCAGUGACAGUUAGAAGAUUGCCAAGAGCCUGUGACGGCUUCAGCCAAUCCAAGUCCCAGGGGACACCAUGGGUUUACUUCAGGGAGAUCAUGCCAAACUAAUCUUAUUGAUUUUUUUGAUUGGGUAACUAAAACUAUAGAUCAGGGUGGUGCAGUAGACAUUGCUUACCUAGAUUUCAGUAAGGCUUUUCACACUGUUGCACAUAGAAGGCUUAUCAAUAAACUGCAAUCUUUAAGUUUGGAUUCAAAUAUUGUUGAAUGGGUAAGGCAGUGGCUGAGUGACAGGCAACAGAGGGUUGUAGUUAAUGGAAUAUAUUCGAAGCUUGGACUUGUCACCAGUGGGGUACCUCAGGGAUCUGUACUUGGACCCAUUCUCUUUAAUAUUUUUAUUAGUGAUAUUGCAGAAGGUCUUGAUGGUAAGGUAUGUCUUUUUGCUGAUGAUACUAAGAUAUGUAACAGGGUUGAUGUUCCAGGAGGGAUAAGCCAAAUGACAAAUGAUUUAGGUAAACUAGAAAAAUGGUCAGAAUUGUGGCAACUGACAUUUAAUGUGGAUAAGUGCAAGAUAAUGCAUCUUGGACGUAAAAACCCAAGGGCAGAGUACAGAAUAUUUGAUAGAGUCCUAACCUCAACAUAUGAGGAAAGGGAUUUAGGGGUGAUUAUUUCUGAUGACUUAAAGGUAGGCAGACAAUGUAAUAGAGCAGCAGGAAAUGCUAGCAGAAUGCUUGGUUGUAUAGGGAGAGGUAUUAGCAGUAGAAAGAGGGAAGUGCUCAUGCCAUUGUACAGAACACUGGUGAGACCUCACUUGGAGUAUUGUACACAGUACUGGAGACCGUAUCUUCAGAAGGAUAUUGAUACCUUAGAGAGGGUUCAGAGAAGGGCUACUAAACUGGUUCAUGGAUUGCGGGAUAAAACUUACCAGGAAAGGUUAAAGGAUCUUAACAUGUAUAGCUUGGAGGAAAGACGAGACAGGGGGGAUAUGAUAGAAACAUUUAAAUAUAUAAAGGGAAUCAACACAGUAAAGGAGGAGACUAUAUUUAAAAGAAGAAAAACUACCACAACAAGAGGACAUAGUCUUAAAUUAGAGGGACAAAGGUUUAAAAAUAAUAUCAGGAAGUAUUACUUUACUGAGAGGGUAGUGGAUGCAUGGAAUAGCCUUCCAGCUGAAGUGGUAGAGGUUAACACAGUAAAGGAGUUUAAGCAUGCAUGGGAUAGGCAUAAGGCUAUCCUAACUAUAAGAUAAGGCUAGGGACUAAUGAAAGUUUUUAGAAAAUUGGGCAGACUAGAUGGGCCGAAUGGUUCUUAUCUGCCGUCACAUUCUAUGUUUCUAUGUUUCUAUGUAAGUCUUUCUUAUGCAUAGCAGCUCCCAACUUUCAACUGUGCAUGAAACAGACUAUGCUUCUUUAAACUCUCUAGUAAUGCUUUGGGCCCAAAAUGUCCAAGGGUAGCUAGAAAUCUUUUAUUGGUUUGUUUGUCUUUUUUUUUAAAACUGCUUAACAGAAAUAAAUGUGUAUAUAUUAUAUAAUCAUCAUGAAUUAUAGACAGUUGUUUUUUCAUAAUGUUAUAGGGUAAUGUACUUCUGAUGACAAAGCCACUUUAAAUAUGUUUUUGUAGUUAUAUAUUCUAUACUAUAUAGUAUAGAUUCUUCUUUGACAUAUUUUCUGGAUUAUCCUUCUUUAAGGAAAAAAAAAUGGCAAACCUCCCAGACUUCAUUUUUUAUUUUAUGCAAAUUAUAUGUUGACUUUAUGUUAAAAUGCACACUUUCAUAUAGCUGUUGAAUUACUCACACUAAAGAACAUGGAUUGUUUCUCUGUAUGAUAGGAACGAUGAGGUCAUUGCAGUUGCCAGUAUAAACUAUGAUCCUAUAGUGUCAAAAGUGGCUGAAGUAAUGGCAUCAGGAAAAACCAUACGGAAGCGAGAUGUAGAGUAAGUAAUGUAAAGCAAAAAUAACAAAAUAUCACAAUGUGUUAAAAAAAACCAGAAGCAUUAAUUGGGAUAGUGCACAGUUGCUUCACUCUGAUUUUCUUUUCACAUUUACAAUUUUUUUCUUUCUUAUGUUUUUUACACCAAUUUCAGGGAGGACAGUGAGCUAACCAAUCAGUGUCCUAUCCUUAGGAAUGCUGGAAAUGUGCAUUAGGCAAGCUUGACAGAUUUACAUGUGUACAGUUGGACCUCUGGACCUCACAGGGAGAGAAGACAGGGAGUCUGAUCAUGUAGAGCAGGCUCUGACGUCAGGUUUCUCUCUCCUGAUACCAUGUUUUGUCACUAGUGGGCUAGUCUGCAACUUAUAUGGGUGGGUAAGGAGCUGGGGUGAGGCUGAAGAAACGUAACUGUGAGGAGUGUCAAAAAAGCCAAAAGUUUAUAGUAAGUUUGCAAAUGUUUACUACAUGCUUUUCCAUGUUUUUCUUGCUUAGGUUGUAUAUUUGUCUACAAGAGUUUACUUUUGGUUUAAAAAAAAUAUUGUCAAGUGAUGCAAGUCCCUUUAAAAAAUGCAUAUGUGCUUUAAAAUAUUGACUGCUGGGUGAUAUCUUAAUUAAAUUUUGAGGUGCAUUUCUGAAAAGUGGUACAAAGAUGUAAAGUGGAAGGAGCAAUGAAAUGUGCUUGUUGGUUCCACUGGUUUCCGCAGAGACAGUCUCAUUUUUUUUAGCACUUUGCUGCAUAUUUCAGAACAUGGCAAAAAUUAAGUAUCUCCUGUUACCCAAAGCCCUGCCUUCUCUUGCUGCUGAGAUUAUGAGAAAUGUCAAUUGUAUCUUAUCCAUAGCGAUAUGUCUGAAAGUGGAUGGCAAUGAUGAUCUUUGAUUGCGCGGUUAAGCUGCCCCAAUGCCCCAAUGCCCCAAGAGAUUGUAAGGGUUAUAGUACUUAUAAUCCCCCAUUAAAAAUGUGAAGGACACUGCAGAAAUUUUACAUUUGUUGAAAAGGCUUCCUAAAUAAAGGCUAACCAAGAAGUGAGUGUGACAUUAGUUUAGCCAGAACGACAGUGAAGUAUAUUAUUUUAUAUACUCAAGAAAAUAUCAUCAGUAACAAGCCAGGUAACAAUAAGCGGUUAAAACGGACUUGCCACAAAAGGAUUAUAGUUUUAAUGUUUUGAAAUGAAAAUAGUGGGAAGCACAUGUAGGCUGGAAAUAGGGGGAAAGGGGCAAUUGUCUCCCUGGCCACUAACAUGUGAGGGCUGGCAAGAGGGAUGUGGAAUGCAGCUUCAAACCUUUUCGAUGAAAGUUAAAAUAGUGAAGGUGCAUUGGAAUGUCUGUUGCCACAAUACUGUAUGAAAUGAGCAGGACCUUUGCUGACUUGGCAGUGUGUGAGUUUUCAUGGGCUGGUGGUCUGGGCUCCUAGGGCUCUACAGACCUGGACAAGUGCCACAUGAAUAUCUCCAUAUGGACUGCAGUAUCUAGGUUGAUAAAGCUUUCACACUAGGAUGAGUAUGUAUGUGUAAUACCCCUGGAGGUGUUUGCAAGUGACCGUGUGUGUGAGAUUAGACAGUGCUCUUGACAUUCAUAUAGACGUAUAUAUCUCAAUAGAGUCUCAUGGGCAUCCACAGACCUACGAAUGCUAGACUAUGCUAUACAGGUCUUAUUAAUGGAGGUUGCAGGAAUAUACGUUGUCAAAACUAAAUUAAUCCAUAUUUUCCCUUUAAGGUUUUGAUUUAAUAUUGUUGAAUAAGCUUUUCAAAUUAUUUAAUAUUAUUGGUUAAACUUUUAAAAUGGCUUAAUACAAUGACAAAAAGACCCACAAACCACUUUGCUGAAAUGUGUGCAGUGUGUCCUAUUUUUUCAUUUUGCAAAAAGUGCGGAUUUAAACAGAAAUAGACACUUUUAUUAAUGAACCUGGUUACACUCCCUCUCCCCAACUUUCAAGCAGGCAACCGGUUCUCUUACUUCCUGGUUUGCGUAGCUCAGUGCAGCUAAACUCAAGAGGUAACAAUUGCCCAGAGCACCUGUGUUGCAAAGACUUCUCAUUGAGCUGCAUUGGGAAGUCUGUGAUUGGACAGCAACAGAAAGACUGGGCGGGGUUAGAAGGGGAGGGUUUGCAAAUUCUGCAGACAAGAGAACUGCAGGUUUUGCAACCUAUAAAUAUACUCACAAUUAAAAAAUGCAUAAUUAAAGGCAUGCAAGUGUUAAUUUGGGCAUAUCUACUAAACAUUGAUUUUUAUAUAUUUUGUAUUUAAUUCCUGGGUUUACAAAUAACCUGCAAUUUUGUCUUUGGCCUUUUGUUUACUUAUACGUUUUAUUAAAGUGUUCUAAUUUCUCUGAAUGCUAAAUAUCUAAAGAAACAUAGAACAUGCAUUUUGAAGCUAAUAGAGGAUGGACAUGACAAACAAACGAUAAAUUUGAUAAUUAAUUUUGCAAACAAAAUUCAAUAUCUACUGAUAUAAGUGCUUAAUUAUAAGUGUUGCCUAUUGAACUGGAUUGCCUUUCAUAAACUCCAAAAAGUACAAUAAUACAAAAGAAGUGCGUGCAUACAACAUGAUUAAAACCCACAAUGUUUUCCGUAAAAAUAUUAAGAUCAACGCCAGGAUCUCAUAUAGACAUAGGAAAAAACAAGAUAAAUUGAUAACAUGUAGUAUAGUAUAUUUAAAAUGUUUACUUCAACCACCAAGACCACUUCUGCUUUUAGAUCAAAAUAAAUUCACCUAAUCAAUACCAAAUAGCAUUACUUAUUUAUCGCAAAUGAGAAGUGACAUAUUCCAGUGUGAUGGCAUUAUGGACUGUCUCGGUAUGCUGAUUACAUUUAGAACAGUGUGUCUGUGAAAAUAAAGUUUUUUGAGAUAUAAUAAACAAUGAAAACUCUUUUUUUUAAUGCUUCCAUCCAAUAAAGGAUAUUUAUUCAUCAUGGCAAGUAUGUCAGUAAUAUGUAAAUAUUAUGUGUUUUGUGUUGUGACAGACCAUUACUUGAUUAUGUCAUCCUUCUACAACGCUGUUAAAAGCCAAUGAAUGCAUGUCCUUCCAUAGAGAUAUGGUUUGGUAGAAUAUGUGAUGUUUAUUUUAUAGCUUUACCACAGUAGGCAGAUUGUCAAUAAUAGCAAGUUACAUUUUGUAAGGCUGGUAAAUCACAACAUGGGGUGAUGCAUACAGCAGAUAUAUCAACUUUUAUAAAAAGCUAAUUAAAUAAAAAACAGUAUGAAUGAAAAUAACAAUCAAGCGUGCAAUUUGUUUUCUUAAAAUAAACACUUUAUUUUAAGGCUAGUGCAAAUACCUUGGCAGUGUAGUCUUGGAGAAACACUUAAGGCAGAUCCAUACAUUUUAACAUCCUAGUUGCUGUUGUCCGGUCCUAACUUUUAAUCAUUGUCCCACCAUCUUGUAUUUUAUCCUAUGGUGCCCCGCUUCACCAAAGGCACAACAAAAUUAUGUGCAAGUACAUUAAAGGACCACUAUAGUGCCAGGAAAACAUACUCGUUUUCCUGGCACUAUAAUGCCCUGAGGGUGCCCCCACCCUCAGGGUCCCCCUCCCGCCGGGCUCUGGAGAGAGGAAGGGGUUAAAAUCUUACCUUUCUCCAGCGCCUGGCGUGGAGCUUUCCUCCUCCUCUCCUCCUUCCUAGUGACGUCAUCGGCUGAAUGCGCAGCCAGUUUACAAUGCUUUCCUAUGAACGCUGGCGUCUUCUCACUGUGAUUUUCACAGUGAGAAGCACGCAAGCGACUCUAGCGGCUCUCAAUGAGACAGCCACUAGAGGCUGGAUUAACCCUCAGUGUAAACAUAGCAGUUCCUCUGAAACUGCUAUGUUUAUAAAAAAAAAAGGGUUAACCCUAGCUGGACCAGGCACCCAGACCACUUCAUUAAGCUGAAGUGGUCUGGGUGCCUAUAGUGGUCCUUUAAGGUAAUUCUGCCAGAGUACUUAAGAGACAAUCUUGUCCUGUAUUUUUUUUGUUAUAACACGUGUCUGUUUAUACAUGUUGGUUUCCUUGUAGCAAUUUUCAUAGUUCCAUGCCUUGUAAGUAAAUGUGUUUUGAUAUACAAAAUAAAUAUAUAUAGUGAGAUUUGAUUCUUUAACAAAUAUACCCUACAGCUGGGUCAGAAUAAAUGUAUUUUAAUGGAAACUGCAAAUUGUUUUUUUUUGUUUUUUUAAAAUUUAUGUUUUAUUGAACAUUUUGCAUAAACAGGGAUACAGAAAGAAAGACAAGGUGGAGGGGGGGGAGGGGGUAAUGUUUUUAGUUUCGUAAAAAAAACCUUGUGCGAUUAGAUAUUACAUAACAGGUUAUCAAAAAAAAGAAACAGAAAACAGAAACAAAGACUUACAUUGAGUUAAAUUACUGGUGUUCCAAAAUAUGGUGGUUUUAUCAACAUACUGCACGCAAGCAGAACAUCAUCAUUAUUGGCAACGCAGUGCCUUCAUAGUGUUUAGUGGACACAUGUCCUAGAUCUGUACUUUGGUCACGUUUUCCCUUUGGUUGUCUUUUCUCUUGUACUGUUUUCCCUUUAUCCAUGAGAUAGCUAUUCCCUCCCUCUCGUGUCUGUUCGUACUUCCUGUGUCGGUCUUUGUUUACUUAAGACACUUUUUACAGUGUAGCAGAGUUUUAUUUUCUGUUUAGGGUAAUGCCGCUAGGUGUGUUAUGGUAAAUUGUGUUGUUUUUAAGAAAAAUUGCUUUCUAACCUGUCUAGUGCUAGAUCAGACAAGUGCUCAUGACGCAUAUAACGUAAAUUUGAAUGCAAUGUCUGUUUGCAUGAGUGAAUGAUAUAGCUCAUAAUCAUACCUAUUUUCUUUAUAUUUCUAUUUUAGAACUGGGGACAUAUCAUGGUUAACAGGAAAGGGAUCAUAGCAUCUCAAACUGUCCAAAAUGGAACUGAAUCAAAUGAAGAACAUGCAUGCGGUAUUUGUGCAACUGUCCUGCAGAGAACAUUGUACCUGCCUGGCUUUCACGCAAAACCACACACUUUCUUUAUAAAUCCUUACCUUCUGCAAAGAUUGUGAAAUGCUGACACCGGAAGAACCGAACUAAAACACUACCUUAAAAACAAUGUUAAUGCUGCAGCAUUAGGUUGUCAUGUGUCCAAUAUCCAAUAAUGUGACAGCUGGAUGACCUUGAAAUACUUCAAUUCUCAGUACUUGGGUUUGUAAAUACAUUUUGCUAGUAAUUGGAAAAACCCACGUAUUCUAGAGCUGUGGCCAGACUCUGUAUAAGUCCUCUUUAAGAAUGCAAGGGUAAUGAAAGCAUUUUUGUUCACUUUCAGAAUAAAAGAUAGUAGAAGAUAGGCACCCAUCAUGCAGGUGUUGAAGACAAAUUAAAAAUAUUUGCUUUUUUUUGUUAUAUAAAUAGUUUAUCAAACCAUGAUUUGGGUUGAAGGGCAAUGUACAGACAUUAACAACAGCUGAACAGCUCAUAUAACAUGCUUUAUAUCAUUGUAUUUUUUUUUUCUGUUUUAGUACCUCUUUUCAGUCAACCACAUGUAUAAAAACAGGUACAUUUGAAAAAGUACUGGAUUAUUUAUACUAACCUUCGAUCCUUGUAGCUGAUUUUAUACAGAAAGUUGCUGCUGCUCUGUAACAUGUGAAUUUUUCCAUCCACUAUUACAAUUAGUAUUUUUUUUAAUAACUCCAACACUUUCAUAGUAUUAUUCACUAAAGUGAGAAUUUGAAGCAAAUGUCAAAUGUAGUGCCAAAGUAGCCAAACUGGAAGUAUAACUGACUUAGACAAUGCUUCCAGUGGUUAUGAUGUUAGGCAUACCCUUGCCAUGUUUCCUGGUAAUGGGGAAACCAUUUUUCAAUGCUUUACCUGCUUAUCUGGACCUGUGCUGGGUCCUUAGGGUCCUCCAGUGGCCACUGAUGAUAUCCAGCUUCUGCAGAGCCCUCUGGCCAUCGAUUGACUGAGAGCAUAAGCUGACUUCACCCAAUGAAUGCAAUGCAAGGAUUGCAAACUUGCUAAUGAUGCCCCAAUGAUGCUGCUGGAGUUGGACCUACACAUACGGCGGCAGAGACGUUAAACUUUGUAUGUGCAGUGUUCCAAUGCAAAACACUGAAAUUACAGACUCCAAACACUAUAAUAACUUCAAAUCACUUAAGAGGUCACGAUGCUUGGAAUAACUUUUUAAAUUUCAAAUUCAUUUGAAUUGACUUUGAAUUCUCGUUUUAGUGAAUAACCAUGUAGAUGUUUUUGUUUUUUUCUUACAGCAUGUCACUGAUUUAAAGUAAAAAAAGUGUAUUCACAAGUGUUUAUUCAUUAAACAGUGAAUUGUGCAGAUUUAACAAUUGAACAAAAAAUUUUAGGCUCUAAUAGCGCAACCGAAAAAUCUCUCCACCAAUGCUAUGAUACAACUCUGCUAUUUAGCCUAAACUUUGCAAUAGAUAAUACCUCUGUCAGUUCUCCAAAAUUCUUAGUUUAGUUAUCCCGACACUUUUCUUUUACUGUGCUCAUUUUAGAUUUCUUUAUUUUGUACUGUUACUAUGUUUACACGGGAUGCAGCUACAUUAUACUCUUAUCCCAUUUUCAUGUACUUUAUAGAUUUUAACUACGUAUAGCAACUUUUGGAUCUACAUUGGGAGGAUUCUAUUAUUCUCUAAACAAAAAUCAUUGUAAUUUUUAAAUCUGUUUAACCUCAAUUUGAUCGCUUUAACAUAAUGAAUGCAGCAACAAAUCCAAAUAUGUUAUUUCUGCAAGUCAAUGCC